GUUCCGAGAAGACCAGGAAAUAAACGACUGAGCCGGCCGACCAGAAACAGCGCUAAAAACUUUAAUUUUUCAUGGGAAUGGAUGAGACGCUGACUGCGAGGUUAAAAUGGGAUUCAAACAGGACGUAAACGGGAAUAAUAUCGAUGGAUUGUUAACCUGUUGGAGCUCGAUGACUGAUUAUGUUGACUGUUUUAGACACCAGAGUGAAGGUAAGACAUUUUUCCCUCCGUUAUUUAAUGUCAGAUCUCUGUUAAACAGUGGAGACUCUGGUGAUGAAGUUUAUUACACUGAAUACUGAUGUUUACAUCUGAUCGCUGCUGCUGCUGUGUGCAUGUGGCUGCAGCAGACUUUGCUGUAGGGCUGAUGAAGUUCGUAUGUUUGCUGAAACUCUGUUGAAAAAGUAAAAGAAAGUGUUUCACUCUCUGGAUCUUGACACUUAAACUACAGUUUAUAAAAUCUCUUUCCCUGCACUGUUGUUGCUGGUUUGAGUAUUUUUUUUUGGUCAGUUGACAAAGUGAAAUCACCAUCAAACCAGCUUUCCCAGCAGCAGCUGCAGUGUGUGUGUGUGUGUGUGUGUGUGUGUGUGUGUGUGUGUGUGUGUGCGUGCGUGCGUGCGUGCGUGCGUGCGUGCGUGCGUGUGUGUGCGUGUGCAGUGUUUCAUUUAGCAGCAGGGAUAAAUAAAGAGGGAGUUAUUUUUAAAUGGACCACCUCGCUGUGACAAACAAUGAUCCAAUCAGCGAGCAGAGUCCAGAUGGGGUGAAUGACUUCCUCCAUGAAAACUGUGCUGCUUUAUUUAAUGCAGAGGGGGACAGAGGUCUCAUAACAGCCUGUCUAUCCGUGCACAAAACACAAAUCCUUUUUAAUCUCUUUGAAAAGGAACUGUGAGCAUUUUACUACUGUGUCCGCUCAGAUUUCACUACACUUGUGUUACACAAACCACCUCCUACACCCAGUCCAUCCAAAUUACUUUUCAGACCAUAAUAAAACAGACCAACAUGUUAUUUUUAGUUCCUACUGAGUGCACAGUGUUCUGAACCUAUGAAACCUGUUUGUUGAAGGGUGAGCCACACAGUGCAAAUUGUUACCAAAAAACGUGACAAUUUGACGAAAGGAUCACAGAACACAGAAAAAUGUGAUUUAGCUUGAACCUAUGCUAUAACUGCGCAGAAAGACAAUCAGAUGUAUUGACAAGUUGGUGUGCACAUGAACAAAAAUUGAAGAAAGUUGCAGAAUAGCAGAGCAAAAAGCUUGUAAAGCUGCAAAAAGGUAACCUCAGCUGAUACUUUUUCAUACAAGAGCAUCAAUGUCAACAGUUUAUGGUAGGUCUCUGCAAAAACUCAAAUCACAGUAAGUCAUUCCGUCUGAUCUAGAUUAGGAAAAGUCUUUCAUAGAGUAAGUGUUCAUAUUUCAGGAAACUUGGAAUCAUUACAUUGUUCUUAUUGGCAGGUUCUUUCAUUACUGGCAGAGCAGUUCUUUUUUUAGUGUGUAAUAUCUGGGAACUGGACAUUUUUCUGGACUCAUCAGGUGAAUGCGGCGACAAAAUCACUUGCUAUAGGAUUUGGGUUUUUUGUACCGAGCUAACUCUGUCUCUUCACUUCUGCUCAGCUGUUAUGAAUCGCAUUGAGCUUUAGAUUUGUAUUCAUUGCUAAGUUCUUAGCGUUAGCAUUUUUCUGUUGGUGAUCGUAAAGAUACAGAAAAAAAGAACAGGUAAACAGUCUUCUGCUGUGUUGCACCUUGUGGUUGCUUCUUGUCUGUUUUCUUCAAUUUGCUUGAUGUCUCAUUCACAAAGCUCUUUCCCUCCUCACCAGUCUUGUCUCAUCUUCUUUUCUCUGCUAGUGGCUGGUCAGCCAUUAACCAUUCAAAAGUAUUUUUUGGUUUUUCUCCAUCAAAUUAAGAACAAUAAUAAAAUUGCCUUUAUGUUGCUAUUAAAUAGUUGCACUUCUGCCACACUGUAAAUACGAAGAGUUGGAUUCAUAAAUAGUAUGAAUAUGCUGACCUCUUUUCUGCUGAUUGAUUUGACAGGGAGUGGUCUGAUUGUCCAGAUGUUGCUCACGCUCAGGAUUAAUAACCACUGUGAUGCUGUUUUAACCAACCAGAAUCAAGUAUCUGACGCUGAUGGGUCAUUAGCAGAAAAGCAACAGAAUGAGGCUGCGUUAACUUCCCAAUAACAUCAAACUAUCUUUCAUAGUUGUGUUCUCGAGUUCUGUCCUUCCUGUGUGUGACCUCCCUGUCCUGUCGUACUUUUGUUUGAUAUAUUCAUUUUCUGUUUUAUUAUGUCUGUUGAAUAACUGUUUCCACCCCGUCUGUCUGGUGCUCUCUUUCUGUAGUUAAAAAGGGAUGGAUUAAACAAAAACACUUUUAUCAUUUGCAAUAACAAAAAUUACACCAAGGUGACCUACAGUUGUUCAGGACACUACUUUUCACUUCUGUAGCAAUGAAGUGUUUUUAGACUUGUUUUUAGUUUUACUUUGUUUUUAGACGCAUACUUUAGGUACUAAGAAAGUGCUUACUGAUAAUAAAGACAGUCAUAUUAGGAAAAGAUGCAUUUAUUUUAAGUGUAAGAACAUAAAGAGUGGAAUAUUGGAUGCAUUUCUUUCUUUAAAGUCCUUUGCACCGUUGCAGAGUAAAGUUAGAUUUACUCUCAUCUCUGCAGAUGCUGUACAAAGUGCUCAGUCAGCGGUGCAAAAAUCAAACGGCACCAGGUGGCUACAUGCAGGAGCUUCUGAUAUUUCAUGUUCUGAUAAAGUAGCUGCAGAGUGUGUCUGAACAUAAAGUACAGCGGUGUCCUCUCAUCCCUCCUGACUCAGCACCUCUGCAGACGUGUCACAGAUAGCACCCAUAAUGAAUAGUGCCUUAUAUUAGGAUGGCCAUACAUUCUCCACAAGUUUUUACUCUCAACACUUUCCACUUUCUUUACUGGCUGUAAGCCACAGUCAACCCUGUUUGCAGUGUGUUCAUUUACAAAACUUUGAAACUAAUUCUAACAUUAAAGCUCUUAUAGAAUUUCAUUACAAAGAAGAAAGUUGUGCGUUAACAAGACAAAUACUCAUAUAGUAUAUACAAAGUUAUAAAUGACAGAAAAAACACAUUUGAAUGAAUUAGAAAGGGCUACAUAUUUACAAAAAAGAAGUUCUAAAUUACAAAUCAAAGAAAAAAAAGUCACUUGAGGUAAGAUGCAAGAUGGCAAGAUGACAUGACUUAAGUUUAAAGAUAAUAAAGAGUUCCUUUGAGAAUGAAGUUACAGUUUAGUAAUAAAGUUGCAUUAUUUUGAAGGUGGUUGUUAAUCUUUAUGUAAUGUAGCAUACAGCUGAGUAUGAGAGAAGCAGCCAGCUGCCUGCACUGAAAAGAGGACCAUGAAGAGGAGCAGUUAAACUCAAAAGCUGACGAUAAACUGUGGAUUAUUCUGCCCGUCUUUAGGAAAAACUAUUUCCGAAAACAAGGAAGUGCUGAUGUUAUCUGAGAUUGAGGAUUCAAUAAUCUAUGAGGCCUUGACUUUGAUAUUACUUCAUUCCACAUUUUAUUGUAUACCACAGGCUGCUCUUUACCUUCAAAAUAAAAGCUUCACCAUACACUAAAAUUAUAUAUAUAAUUCUCUUUUAACUCUUUUUCUACCAAAAUGUGUCCAUUACAGACUGUUCAGUAAAGUAUAAAGGCUGUCUUUCUCUCAUUUGAAGUUUGGUUUCUAUACAAACUGAGGUUAGCAAGCAGCAGUUUAAUCUGACAGUGCAGGGUAUGUGUGUUUAUGGAUGAGGGAGGACCGCCCUCUUCACCAUCAAACACCACAGCCCUCUGUCUUUGCCUCUUCAGCUCUGUGCUGUGACUGAUGUCAUUCGGUGCCAUCAGUGAAAGCUUAAUUUGCUGUGGAGUAUGGGCCUGCUGAAUGGAAAAAGCAACUUAAAUGGAGCUAAAUCCUUUACAAACAGAUGUGUGCCAGAUGUUACCGCCACAGAGACCCCCAAGAUGGAUUUACCAGCCCGCCAACUGUAGAGCUGCAUGAUGUGCUGGAUGUUCAUGUGUGUAAUCAAAGGAAGAAGCAGCAUGUGUAGGCUGUUGUUCCAUCAAGCCAGAUUAAAGCAGCGUUUUAUCACAUCCUCUGCAUAAAUGUCUGUAAAUAUGUAGAUUAAAACUUUAUCUACUGACUGUGCAGCAUCUUUCUCUGUGCCGUGAAUCCCACAGGAUAGGAAACUAAAGAAAAUCUGUGAGUGGUGUCACCCUGACAUUUCAACAUGUCACUGCAUGUCAGAAAUAACAAGAUAAAGGUGUUUCAUUAUCACUGAGCUUUCUGACCAAACACAGCAGACAGAUUGAGUCAGUGAAGCUUUAUUUGUAAUCAUGAAUGCAUAACUAUCCAGGAAAAAAGUUCAGGUCUGAAUCAGACCCUCACAUCAGCCACCUGCACAGGUCUUUAACCAAAAGAAAAGAGAGAGAGAGAUCACUGUGUGUCUAAAGAGAGAGGAACAGAGCUAAAAUGAAUCAUACAUAGAAAAAGACUUAAGGAUCAGAGCUGCUGCAUAAAAAGACAAAAUAAAAGAACAGAAGUCAUUCAUAAUGUGAGCAUUAUUUAUUGCUUCAGAUAUUUGCAUUUAAAGAACAUUCUGCACCUAAAAUUUACUUAAAUGCAAUAAUAAUAAUACAAGUGGUGUGCUCAAUAAACUUACAUUAACCUAUUCAGUAGAGUCCGCUCACACUGAAGGCAUACGUACAUCAUAUGAUCACAUUCAUGUUCAAUUUAACCCUGGACCCAAAGAGACAAACAGCAAAAUGGUGUAAUUGUUUGUUAUGGGUGUUUACAGGAAAACUGUCUCUGCUGAGGCGAGUGUGUGCACUCUUUUAUUGGUCUGAAAAAGACUUUAUUUAAACUUGGUGGGGAUCUAAUUGAAUUCCCAUUUGCCAAAGAGUAAUAAGAUGUCUGUUUGUGGAACCCCUGAACACCUGUGAGGGAGAGAAUUAUUAUCUUGUGCACACAAGUUAUUAUUUGAUGUUAUCAUCCAGUUUUGCUUUUAAAGUUCCUGUGGGGAGUUUUUUGACCUUUAUGAAAUUGACUGAAAUUUAUCCUGAUGCCUUUUCAUGAUACCCCACAGCAAACAAGACCAUUAGUGACGAGACCGAUGACUUUUAUAUUGUAAUUCUUAAUGCCUGAAGGCUGUUGAUUGGCUAGCCCAGUCCAGGUUAUUAUAAUGACAGGACUUGCUGCAUAACAUCAAGUAGGCUGGCUGUCAUGCCAAAAAGGCCAAAAAGGAAGUCAACAUUUUCCAGUGAGCUUCCUUCAAAAGAGUGUGUUGCACAAAAUGGCAAAUGUCCAUUUUCAAUGCGAAUUCCAAAAAAAACAAAACCAUACUGUAGUAAGGAAAUGUGAAGGUGGGUACAGGCUGAAAGAAGCACCAUUACCAUCCACUUUAGUGAGGUCUAACUAAAAAACUACUUGACAGCAACACCGUGCCAUCAGGAUAUAACACUCAAAAGUCUCCUCUGGCAUACCAUGUAGAUAAAGCAAAAAACAUCACCUCUGCUGCAUCCACAAAGGUUAGUAACUUGUGCACACAAGAAAACAAUUAUCAACCCCAGAGACUUUUGGGGCUCCGUAGAAAAUAUGUAGCCAGGCCAUCUUCAGCUUAGCUUAGCAAAGCAUAGGCCCAAAAGAUAAAGAAGACACUCAUGGAAACCCUUUGAAAUUGAUUAUUUGUCUCUUCCAGUGUUGCAGAUUGCUGAUCUAAAAAGUAAAGAUUUAUAUGUUUGCCUUGUAAGCCUUUAGAUUUGUAGUCUGAUUCUGAAUCAGCCAAAGAAAAUUAUGUUUUUCUUAUUCCAUGAUAUUGAAUUAUUAAAAAUCCAAGGAUUCCCACAUACUGUUAUUAAUUAUUGAUGGACUGCUUUCAGCCAGAAGGGGUCAUGGUAAUUUUCGCAGGAAGUGACAAUUGAAAUACUCUCAUGAUACACUGUUAUGACUUCCAUAUAUUCAGGAUUUGAUGGCAUUAACUGUGAGUGGUGGCAGCCAUUUCUUGUUUUUAUUUUUCAUAGUAAUAACUUGUAAAUAUUCCUUUAUUCUCGGAUGAAAGGACAGUGGACAGAGCAGGUAACAAGUUGAGAGUGGGUAGUGACAUGCAAGAAAAAAAGGCUACAGGUUGAAAUCCUGUUUGUGGACGUUUGCCUUUGUACAUGAGACAUGCAACCUUCACUGAGCCUAACCGGUACCCCUGUGAAAGCCAUUAGAAACCUGUUUACAGUUUCUUUUAUGCUUAGCUAAGCUAAGAGAUGUCUGGCUUUAGUUCCAUAUUUAACUUUAAGAUAUUUAUGGUUCCAGUCUUAUUAUUGAAGACUUGUUAAAAUAUUGAAAAAUUAUUAACCUUUAAAAUGUCAAACUGUUCCUUUAACGUACACUCUGCCAUUUAAUGGCAAUGUUUGAGUGUUUUCUUGGGACCUUUUUGCCCUUUUUUAAAAUAAGAAACAGUCACUAACCUGGACCGUUGUGAUAAGGACUCUGCAGAUAUGAGCUAAUUUAGCAGGUGGGCUAGGUACCUUAAGAUGAAGCAUUUUUCAUAUCUGGUCUUGUGUUUUUAUUUGGAGUCCAAAGUAUAGAAGUUGUAGAAUUUGUUUCCCUUUGAGUUCUGACUUUCUGUCUUUCUUUUACUUAGUAACUCUUAGUAAUCUCUGAACUGUUUUAAAUCAUGACAAAAAGUGAACCUGCUCAAAGCACUGAAACAUUUAUCUUAUAACAUUAGCAAGUUUCAUAAAAGCUCAUAGAAAGAACAGAUGUUUUCAAUGUGUUAAAAAAGCAUUACAUAUUCUGUCAAAAUUGCUAAAGCUGAAGCUAUUCUGCUUGAUUCUCAACAUCCAGUCAAUGAAGCACGAGACUAGAGUAACACUGUUGCUGUAAAUGCAUAACAUAGAAGCUAACCUUACUGGCUUAGUGGUGCGUUUCUAAAAGCAGGGCCUAUAUACAUAUUUGUUAAAUUACAGUCAGUACAUACAAGAUUCUCAGAAUGGUGACCUGAAAACAGAAGCUGCCACUCUCAGUCCAUUCCUGUUUCUCAUCUACAUAUUAAGAAAAACAUUCAUGUAAAACUGGUUGUUAACAUUCAGAUUAAGUUGCAAAGAAAUGAAGAAAGAGACAUACUGGUUAAAUUAAAGUUGUGAAACUAGCUUCCAAAAUUCUGAGAAAACAACUGCAGGCGAUAUCAGUGCAUUCAUAACAAGCUCUCACACUCUGAAGGCAACACAUUUAGCAUGGCUAUUCAUCUGCUUUUAACAAGGAAGCAAAGUCCCAUGUGCCUGGGCCCAGACUCACAUCCCUGGACCGUCAGCUCAUUUGUACAAAGUAUAAGUUAAAAAGGUAAAAGCUGCUUUCAGGUUAACACAAUAAACAUGUAAUUUUGCAUAGCAUUUGGCCUUGCUGUACCAUCAUCGUCUGAAGACUUAAAGAGAAACUAUAAAUGCCAAAUGCCAAAAAGUUUAUAUAUCUGAGGAUGACACAAAAGUAAGUUGUGAUUGUGGUUUUAAAAUGAAACAGUUCUUAAGUAGAAGUCAUAUCAUACAAACUGUACAAACUCAAGGCAAACAUGGCAACAGUUUCCUGAAGCAAUGGACAUGCAAUGAUACUCGAUGUGGAGUUCAUUCAGAACUGGUACCAGUGUCUGAAAAUGCCUUUGACACCAUCUGAAUACUCAUCUAUGUAUUUACAAGUACACCAGCCUGAGCACCAACCUCAUACAAAAGAGGUCACAUAUAGGGAAGAGGUGAUUAUGCAAAUAAGAAUCUCAACAGCACCCUGACAUAAAUUUAUUACAGCUCACCCUAAACCCUAAACUUAACAUUUCCAUUGGUUAGACAACAUGAGCAGGACUUCUGCAAGAAUAUCCGUAUUGGCUUUUCUCUCCUCACACAGCCUAGCAGUCAACACACCAUUGAUUUUAAAAAAGGCUAACAUCAUCGUCAAUACUUUCAACAUUAUUGCACAGCUUAUGGUUUCAGUCACUUCGCAGCCAUCAACAACUCAGAGAGGUUUUCAUCAGAACUGCCGCUGUUGCACAGAUUGCAGGACAGGAUGUUGCUCCUCUUUUCCCUAUCAGAGAUGGUUGAACUGACAUUUUUGUUUACGGGCAGACCUUAGAUGUGCUUGACACCUGGACACAGAAUGAUUUGAUUUGGUGUGUGUGAGCAGCUUGUUUUUGGCACGUUUUUUUCUUGUAGAGAACUUGUUGAGAAUUAAUCAGUUAUUACCAAUCAGAAUCAGGCAUUUUACACAGCAUAGUAAUAAUUAAGAGCCCUGAAUGAAUCUUUUCAAGUGGCUGCUCACAGUAACCCAUUAACUCAUUCAUACCUGCGAUUCUUGGUUUGUCCUUUUAGGGGUGAGACUUCAAUUGAUGCACAAUUAUUACUCCUCUGACCCUGCCAACAAACCUGAAGGUGUGAAAGCUUUACAAAGUAGAAUUCAUGGUGGAGUGGGUAUACUGGCUUGCAUGGGAUUUCUUGAGUGGUCACAAUGUUUUGGCUGAUUAGUGUGUCGUUUCCUCUUGUAUCAGAUUGGUGCUCAAUCAAGUCCAGUUUGCACAUUCAGGUAUUAGAAUCAUCAUGGAAAAUUGGUACCAGAAUAUUUCUAAUCCAAUGACAUAAAAAAACACAUCUAUGGUACAAGAACUAAGUGCUUGGCUUUGAAUUUGAUUGCGUUCCAGUUAUCAAAUCCCGUAGUGGUUAUCAGGAUGGUGAAUGGUCUCAGAGAUUACACAGCUCCUUUGAUCACUGGUUCCCUGUUGAGAUAUGUGGCCCAGUAGACCAGGUUAAAGGUCCCAAACAGCACCGGGAACACUAUCCUGGCCAUCUUGUCGAUCUUGCUCACACUGUUGUAAGUCUUUUUAGGAUCCGGGGCCUUGCUUUCGGAGGGUUUGAGCUGGACUGACGUGCUGUUUGAAAUGGUUGAGAUGGACGCGUCCUUGGUGAGGUUGGCUGUGUAAUUUACUCCAGCUGAACAGGUGUUGUUUGGCUUUUUAGACAGAGCCAAAGGGUCUUUUUUCUGCAGGGACAAAGAAAGGCAUUGAUUUAGAGUGCUCAAAAUUCUAGGCAAAAAAAGUAAGUGGGGCUCAUUCAUCGGACAUAAAAACAGGCAAUUAUAACACAGGCACACACACACAAAUACACAAACAGAAAAAUAAGAAACGGUCAGUGAAUGCUUCGACUCUACAUCGAUGUCCUUGGGUGAUAAUCAACUGGCUCUGGGCCACAACACAGCCAGACUGGACUUAGAAGUUAUUGAUCCACGAAUUAUGAACUUCUACAUCUUGUCUAAUUCAUCUCUUACUCUAUAAUCAUGUGUAUCAUGGAUUUUCCUCUACUUGAUCACACUGUGACACACUCUCUACUCCUGUGAAAAAGAGAGCAGAAAUGGCACCUGAUUUUAAACUAAGAAUUAGAAUUUUAAGCAGAUAUACUCCUUGGUAAUCUUUAAUGCUUAUUCAAAUGGAAGUGAUUGUUGUGCUUUCUUCUUCAGUUAGCUUGCUACCAAUUUGUGUUCAACAAUUAGAGUCAUGUCCCAUCUGUUAACAUAAAGAAGGCAGGCUUUGUGAAGGCAGCCAGAAGAGGAAGCUCCAAAUGGUCUGGCACAAAACAAGUCCUCACCCCAAAAUAAACCCUUAACCUUAGGGGCCAAGCUUUCACAACAACAAUGUCCCCAUCAUGAGUCAGCCAUCCUUAAUAGGUCCCCACAAUAUAUGUUUUACAACAAUAAAGAUACACACAAUAAAUACCUUAGGCUGCUGGGCCUCCAUUGCCUUUUUUCCAUCCCAGGCCCAGCUCCUCUUGGUGAAGUAGUUCACUGUGGCAAACUCAAUAAGAGCUGAGAAGACGAAGGCGUAGCACACUGCAAUGAACCAGUCCAUGGCUGUGGCGUAAGCAACUUUGGGCAGCGAGUUUCGAGCGCUGAUGCUGAGAGUGGUCAUAGUGAGCACAGUGGUCACACCUGGUGGAAGAGAAAAGUGGGUCACUUUUACAAACCACACUAAGGAUUCAGUUCUUAUUCCAUCAGAUUAAGUCUUAGAAAAAGGAGGACACAUUACAGAGUAUUAUGGAUAAAGCAACACCUGAGUAUGUUUUCAUUCAACUCCAGGGUUUUUCCUGCGUUCAAAAUUGCGUGGCGGCCGCCUCCACCUAAUUUUGUGCCGCCCCCAGCCAGAGCGAUUGAUUUCGCUCAACACAGCGUAAAGCUCCAGCUGUGUUGAUUGAGCGAUUGAUGUCCCGAUGCAGCAGCAACGUAUUUUAACUGCAGUUGCAGGGUUGCGCCACUAUAGAGGCGCUAUAUCAACAGCAGUGCACCGGAAAGACCUGAAGCAUCUACCGAAGAAGAAACGGAUCGAAUCAUGUUUUUUCAAGUGUUUUUCCCGCUAGUUGGUGCUGUCGGCGUCCUGAUUUUCCCUGGCGGAUGGUACAAACAGGUAAAUACUGCUUCUCUUUUUUGCAUCCAAGCAUGUCGUGUUUAUUAUUUAAAAAAAAAAGUUUACUCCGUUUUUAGCGUUUUAGAUAUGACAGGCAAAAUCAGCCAGUACUUUAAAAAGCGACCUCGCGAGGAGGAAAGUCAAGAGUCCAGGUGAAACACAGCAGAGAAAAACGUAACAGGCAGUUAAAAUGCUAUAAUUCAUGUUGGUGACAACGUGGAAAUUUGUGUCAGGUCUGAAAGUACUUCACAAGGGACUGGUGAUCGCGAGGGUCAGAAUGCAGGACAGGACGAGUCGGCGAGGCGAGGGUAAUUAAUUAAUUAGUUUCCAAUUAGGAGCAUAACAACGCAAAGCCAACGUGUACGUGGUUUUUAUUUCUCUUUGUAGAUCUUCUCAAAAACACAGAGCCAGUGGCUUUGACAAGCAAUGGCUCAAUCAGUUUACCUGGCUCAGGCAUACUGAGGAAGGCAUGCACUGCUAUUUAUGCCAAAAGCACUGUGCCCCAACACAGCAGGCAAUUGCUGCCUCCUUAGUGAGACAGCCAUCAACCAACUACAGGCUGGACACAUUAAAAAAAGACAUGAAGUGACAGCCGUUCACAAAGCAGCAGAAGAGAAGGAGAAGUAUAUUAAAGAUGGUAGUACCUAAAAAACUCAACUAAUAAAGUUACAAAAAAUAAAUAACAUAGUUUAGAUAGUUUAAGAAAUAAUUGGUUGUCGUUUUUUUUUUUAGGGCGGACACUGCAGCGUAUACAUAUAUAUGAUUGAGAACACUAUCACUCUUCAUGUCUGUAUCAGAAUAAAAACGAAAAUACUUAAUGCAUGAUGAAUUGUUUUGGUUAAGGUGAAGACACCUCUGUGGAACAGACUGAAGGAGAGGCACUUGGAUGUCUGUUGUAAGGUGGCCGUUGAUGGACCAGACCAGGAGGCCUUGGACUACAAGGAGUGCAUGAGGAGGUUCUACAGAAUGAAAAAGAGGAGGCUGAAAUGUUCUGUCUGGUUGUGAGAUGUGUGGAUGAAGUGUACUUUCAAUUUAAAGUUGCCAGCUGAUUUGUGUAUGUAUAUAGUUUUAAUAAAUUAAUGCUUUAACAUAAUAAUGGUCACACUCUUUUUUUGAACUCUUAACUUAAAGUAUGUUGCCUGUAAAAGAAAGUGAAUCGGUUGUAUUUACAAAUACAUGCACGUCGUGGCGCAUGGUCAGGAUGGUGCCACCUCUGCCUCAAUUUGAGCCAGGAAAAACCCUGAACUCCCAACCCAAGUUUCACACACAUUCAUGUUCUGAGCACAGCUCUUACAAUUGAGCAAGAAAACAACUGCAGGUUUACCACAGACUGUAGCAUAAUCUUGUGGGUGAUUUUACAGCAGCUCUCUGGACUCACCAAAGACAGUCCGGGCAGGCACUGAUUCUCGGUUGAGCCAAAAAGAAACCUGUGACAGGAUGACGGUCAUGAAGCAGGGCAUGUAGGUCUGGAUGACGAAGUAGCCAAUCUUCCUCUUCAGGUAAAAGUGAGCCAUCAUCACUGUGUACUGACCUGUUGGAAGCAAAAAUAAAAACGUUUGGUUGACGAGUUAAGCUUCUAGAAUUGUAAAAUUAGUGACCAAAACCAACCAGAUUAAGAGUUCAUCAACCAAUAUGAUUUAAAGAUUUCUGAUCCCAGCUUUGAUGUCUUUUUACUUCAUUCUUUCUUCUUCUAUCAUGGCAAAAUAAAACUUUAAUCUAUCAAUAAAUCAACUAGAAAUAACGUUUCCAAAGAGAAUGGGUCCAAACCCAAGUCUAAACAAUUACAGAGAAAAAACAAAACUCAAAGAUGUAGUGUUAGACUUUGUUGAUCACUUACUGACAUUUUUCAACUCUCUCUGACACAAUCAACUACUACACAGUUCAACCAAAUCAUCGACAGACCCAUCAGUAAUAGAAACAAUCAUUAGAUAAUGCCUUAUUCUGAAAUUAUAAUCCCUACGCUGAACAAUUCAAACCCGCCAUAACAAAUCUGACCUAGGGGCACUCAGAAUGAAUGACUAUGAGCUAUUAAUAGACCGAAACAAUAUUAAUCAUUCACCCUCACUAAUAUGAACACAGGCUGUAUUUAUUUUGAUUCAAUUCCACAAACACGGUCCUGCUGCAGCAAACACUGGACCACAUUUCUGAGUAAUUCAGGCUUUAAAUUGCUUCUACUCAGUAUUUGGUCCUGUUUGAUAAAUGUUUGUAAAUCUACAGUCUGCAUCUGUUGCUAGACAUUACACUGGUAUGUGGAGCAAUCAGAUAUUUCUAAGAGAUGGACCAACACACUAAAGGUUUUUACCUUUUUAAAGUUUCCGGUAAAAAUAAGAAAGUUACUCUCAUGUGACUAAUUUUCUAGUCGUACAAAAGAAAAUGUCGUCCAAUUAGCUGACUUGUCUAAUGGUAGGAAAACACUCAUUUUACAGUCAAAACUCAGCACAAUUCAGGUCUGCAAUACAACAAAUCAUAAAUAAUACAGGUGCAGACUAAUGAGGGUGAUGGUGUUUUAUUGUUCAGUCAACAAAAUGCACAUAUCCCUGAUGACAGUAUAAAAACUGUAAUAUCAGAUGUCAUGCUUCUGGUGAAAAGAAUGGCGAAUACCUGCUAUCAGAACUACCAAAAUUUUUAAAAAUGUCCAUUUGCAGUUAUACAGUCAUAUUGAAAGGGUUUUGUUUUUAAAGAAAUAUACAUCCUUCAGUUUACAGCCAAAGACUUCAUAUCACCCCUGUGUCCCAGAAGCCUUUCUGUAUGUUACUAUACAAUGAUUAACUACAACCAAGCCAUCACGACAAUAGACAUUGCUGUGGCUGAUUUAUUUUUUAUUUAUUUAUUUUUUCAAUCUUUUGACUGCAGCUGGUGUUAAGGGCACAGUUUCCAGCAGAAUCAAUUUUUACCUAAAUAUGACCACUGCCAAUCUGCAGCAGGACCUCCUGAAUCUUACUUUUUCACCCAACAAGGAUUUCAGACAUUUUAAUCAAAAAUGUACAAGUAGAUGAUGGUACUCGCUCUCAUUUUGCAUCUAUAUCGACACUGUACAGAAGCAACUGGAAACAACAGCUAAGCUAGAGGCAAGAUGAAGCCACAUUCUGUCACUGUCAUCAUUUUUACCUCUUCAGUUUUAUUUCAGAGCUGGUCUCAAACUGGCUUUGCCUGGUAUGCCCCACUGUUUCCCUUUCACAUCAAAAGAUUGCAACAGCAAUGCCAAUCACACAAACAGGGUAUUAUUGUUAUCCAAGUGUGUGAUUUCGUUUUGCAUUACAGGUUUUGUUGCCGCUCCAUUAAUCAGCUGACCAGUUAAUCAGUCCAUCUCUGAUCAAUUUGUUUGACAACCAAAACCUUCUCACAUGAGCUUGAAGGUAGUAUUGCUACAAAGACAUUUUAUUUUUCUUACCAAACAGUUUUGCAGUACACUCUCCACCUGUUAUACAGCAUGUUUUCAAAGCCCUCUUUAAUAGUCACUUUUCGUCUUAGAUCUGUUUUCAGGGGAAUUUGUCUCUUUGGGACUUUUGUAAGAGUGUUUUUCACAUCAUGUUGUUUUUCCUGUCUGCCAAAAAUCAAACUGUUUGGGAUGUUUUGUUUUCAAUUUGUUUCAGUAAUCUGAUGGUGUUGUGCUGUCCUUGGAGGCUGUGAUUAAAGGCGACACAAGUGAACUUCGCUGGACAACCUCCAGGUCAGAAAUGUGCGCUGAAUUAUUAAAAAAAACAGUUGGGUGGAGAACUCAUCAUAUCCUGUUAAUCAACUGAAGAUUGCAUUUGAAGGAUUUUUUUUCUCAAAAAUCCUGUCGAGCCAUGGAGUCUGAUAAACUAUAGGAAAUCCACAGAUGACUGCUGCUUUCUCCUGGCAAAAUCGGAUUUUUCUGUCUCACUAAUCCCUUGUCACAAUCUGCAUCCCGUAUCUCUCCCUCUCUCUCUCUCUUUCUCUCUCCCACUGCCUCUCUCGCCCUCACUCUUUCUCUUGUCCAUGUGUGUGAAUGUGUGAGUGUGUGUAUGUGUAACAGACAGUCCUGCCGCUCUGUCAGGCCUGGCUAGUCUUGACUGGGGGACGUACAUCGCUGCCUGCCUGAGCUCCACACUGCAACAGCCUGGGGUCAGCAGUGAUUACACGCAGGUGCACCGAUGAGUGAGACAGAGGACGGCUGAGAGGGACGGUGGAAAGUUUGGGCGCUCCAUGCUAUGCAGCGACCAGCAUCAUGUCAUUCAUGAAAGGAGCACCUGUGUCGCCUUCACUCCGAGGACUACGUGCAGGAAGUCCUGCUCUGUGGUGGCACGACUGGGCCAACUCUGCACUGAUCUGACCGCCUGCUGGGCUUGGAAGUAGAUGGUAAUCUACGAGGCGUGAAAAUGCGGUUGUGGUGGAUUUUACUGUUUUGUUUUUGGAGCGUCUGUGGAGAACUGCCAUUCAUAGCAGAGAACAACGCGGCUAUGUUGGUGAACUGGUGAGUACAGAUCAGAACCAUCUGUUGAGCUUCUCAGCACUCUGAGAGCUCUGCUGUGUGUGUAAUGUAAUGAAUUCACAAGGUUUGCAUAUCACCAGUUCAGUGCUUUGGUCUAUAUUCAUCUGCAGAGGCUUAACCUGUGAGGUCAAAGGUCACCUCAGCCCAGUAUGAGCUCUUGGCUGAGCUAUUCUUGGCUUGUUAAAGAGGGUUUGUACCUCAGAUUAGCACCCCUAAUUAAGGCCGUGUUAGCUCAGUGUGUCUGAGCAGUGCAGGGUGGGCUCAGAGGAAAUCACACAGAAAUACAUAGCAGCAUGUGCGCUAAUCUCCACUUUUUCACACUGGGUGUUUCCGGCUGUGUUACAGGAUUUCCUCUUGCUGCUUAAAAAGCUCCAUGACAUAUAUAACAGUAUAUGUUUCAUUCUCCUACAGAAUCCAGAGUGAAUUUACUCCCAUCCUGGCAGGAAAGAGUAAGAAGCUCUGUAUAAAUACAGCUUUAGGAUCUCCCUCUCUGCCAUAAACUCUCCAGCAACAAGCAGCAGAAAUGUAUUAUCAUAGUUCUUUACAUAACAGAAUUAAGCAGAUGUAGCUCCCCCCACCUCCAGCACAGCAGCCAAUCCCUGCACUGUGACGUCACUUAGUAAAAGCACAACUGAUGGGCCUGCACGCGGAUUAACCCUACAGACCCAAUGGCUCAGACCCCAGAUAAGUGAUUUUUUUUGUCCCCCCCCCCCCCCCCUCGCUUGCUGCCCCAGAGACAGCUGGCUGUGAGUGGGAGGCAUUCUCAAAUCCUUGCGAUUCAUUCAUUGUCUCUAUCCAGCUUGAUUUGAAAUAAAAAAAGUUCUUCUCACAGCAUCCUUGCUUUGCACACAUUUUAAUAACAGAGCUGAAUAAAAGGGUUCAAGCAGAGGCUUAAUGUUCCUGAUGUGGUAACUGUGUGAUGACAGACUUUGUUUGGGAGGUGGAACUCAUAUAAGGACAGUGGUUUGGUGCCUGCCACUCAAAAGGAGUGAUUUGGGAAUUUUUUCAGUCACCAUUUUGUCUUGGUUGAAGCCAGAAGUGGCUCUAGUGGAUCACACAUGAUGAGGGACGGAAGCUGAGAAUCAGUUUCAGAUCAGAACCAGUUCCUACUACUAGACCCAUCAAUAUUAUUUGACAUUCUGCUCCCUGGUUCUCUUGUAAGUGCUUUCAGCUUUGCUCUAUUUGCAGCAAGGUGGUGAUAAGACACAAAAGAUUAAGUCAGUUCAGAUGACAACCUAGGAUGUAAUCACAGUUUUGGAUGGGAGAGUCCAAAAUGCUAUAACUAAAUAUUGUUGUGCCUACAAUAUGACCUCUAAAAAUAGUUCUGUACAAAGUACAUAUUCACUGUAAAAUCCACUUGCCUUGUGAGACCGGCAUCUUCCAAGCAAUAAACUCUUUCACUGAGAUUUAGGGGCUUUUCUAUCUCACAGAGAAAAUCAGUAUAUUUCCAGGGGUGGUCUAAAUCCAAUUCUCCACACACAAAGCUAAUCUGAGAUCAUUUAUGUACUAGUUUAAGCAAAAAACUGCCAUUUCUGUUGUUAGCUGAAUACGAUAAAUGAAGACUGUUAAUUCUCUUUUAGCCUGUCAACCAAUCAAAGAAGCAAGAACGACUAAAUGACUGAGUUUAAAGAGAUGCUCCUUUGAUACCUUUGAACAAAAUCAGAAGUGUUUUUGGUGAGAAACUGCAUUUCCCAUGAGCACCAUUAUCCACUGUGGCUCUUGCCAACACAAGCAUUUGAUGUGACAAUAAUUAAACUGUCAACUUUUAAACAAACAACUUUUUACAGGAUGCAGAGGGAUAAGGUAUGAAUUUGUAAAUCCUUGUAUUAUCAACUGUAACAUAACAACAAAUGAGCUUUGUAAGCUUGGAUUUAGGACCGUUAGUUUGCUCACAAAAGGAGACCAGAGGUACCAGUUUAACAUCACCCAUCACCGACCUGGUGUCAUGAUGUGCUCCAGUGUCCUGAUUAACUUAAAUCUGCUCUCAAUUGAACUCUUUAGUCCUUAAAUAGCAGUGCAGCAUUCACAUACCAGCAUUAACAAAAAAUCCUGUUAAACAUUGAAUUUCUUUUGGAAAGUCCUGGCUGUAAAGUUUCAAUCUUAAACAAUAAUUCAAAAGAAAAAAUACUUUUUUUUUUAAUUGCAAAUUCUAACUCUAAUUCCAACAGCCAAUAUUUACCAGCACACUUCCAAUUUCAGAGUUAUUUCCAAAGAAAUAACUAUACAAUGAUCAUUUCUAACACUGGUUGAGUAAUGAAGAUGCAUCAGUAUAAUUAUAAGACUAUUUUCAAAUCGGUUUAAAGCUCCUCACAAAGCUGUAAGACUUUCCCAGCUCUGCUCUUCCAUACUCAAAUUUCUGAAUAAAGCAUAUCUGCCAAAUAAAGUUGUGCUGCUGCAGUGAACCUUUUAAAUGUAACUCUUCAGCCCGAUGUGGUAUUCACUGAGGUGUUGCUGAAAAAGGCUUUUUGGUGUCCUUAGUAAAACAACAUGCUUUUCAUGUUGUUCUGGUAGUGAUUUGUCAACCCCAAGGUUGCCACACCUAAAUCAACAAAGCUUUACAAUCAAAAUUGAGAAAAACAUUUUUUUUAUAAAAAAAAUAAAAAAAAAACACCAAACUGGUUUGAAGGAAACUUGAAAUGUACAAAUGUAACCAAGUUUUUAUUCCCAAAACAUUCAAUGAUCCAGUGAGAAGUAAAAUUUUUUGUUUUUUUUUGUUUUUAUUAAUUUAUUUUUUUUACAUGAUUAGACCUCUGGUUCUCUCUUUUGGCUCCAACUGACAUACAAUAAAGCUCCAUCUAUUUUUCAGAGUGUUUGUGUUCAACUCACGUUGUAACACAGUGAUACAAGAUGAAAGUAUGGCGCUCCAUGUGUCCUUGCUUUCGCGUAGGUGUUUAAUGAAGGAGGUCAUCUGUAAUCUGAGGCCAGAUGUCCCCUGUUUCAGUUUACCUCUGCUGGUGUAGAUGUCCUCUGUUCCUGCAGUCUGACCAAUCAGAUGGUACUGGUUUAGUCGAGAGCCUUCCUCAGCCACCACCACUGACUUGGCUGCUCCCUGAGUCCAGGUGUAGACCACCUCUGAGACCGGAUACGCAUCUGUAAGGGGAGAAGACAGGAAAAUAAAAAGCUUUAGUUUUAAAGUCACUGCAGUUACCCAGCAUGCAGUUUGAGAGUUCAAGAUGGCCAUUUCCUGUCAGCCACUCUUCUUGUUUGAUCUAACUGACCUAACUGCACUAGUUGGCCCAAGCUAUUUGGCUAAAAAGGCUUUUCACAAGGUCACCCAAAUGUAAGAGUUUGGUUUGUUCUAAUAUAUAACUAUAUUUGCUGAAAAAAGAUUUUCAAGGAUUACAUAGAAAACACAGAUGGGGGUGAUUUAGAAAUUGCGCCAUCAUAUAUUCCCACUAGUGUCUAGACCCUAUCAUUUGCGAUACUCUCAACACUGUCUGCAACACAUCUUGCAAAGCAUCACUGCAACAAUUUCAGGGAUAUUCUGAGGCAAAAAAUUUCAUGGCCACUUGAACAGAAAUUUAAAAUUGACCAAUCAACCAACCCACCUGAAGAUGGUAUGAGAGAAUGUGUGGGUGAAAAGUUAGCAGAGCCAGCACCACCGGCCUUCAGUCCUCUUUGUAGGUUAACGUUCACAAGCCUGUGCUACAUGCAUGUUUGACCCAACACUGCCUACAUAUAACUGAUUUCUAUUUUCUUAAUUUAAUAUACUGACAAACCACACUAUGCUUCAAGAUGCCAUCUGUCAUCUGUGCAAGUUUACAUCUAGACAGUAGACCAUUGUAGCAUCACAGCAAGAGCUAUUAGAUGGAGUUAGACUAUGGCCAGUGGGGGGUGUGGUGAAACUGUUAUAUCAUAUGAUGCUGUCAGUAUUAUAUCGGUAAGGCUGCACAGGUUUAUUUUAAAGCCAUCUUUUUUAAGCCAAAAUACAAAAUCAUCAUUAGUUACAACUAGGUCAGUCGUAGGGACCAAGGCAGCACAGAAAAAACACAAAAUUCAACAUUAUUAGAAAGGAAGUGAGUCUACUAGGAAGUAUGAUUGGUAUGGAUUAGUAAAUUUUACGAUGUAACAUGUUGUUCUACUCUUGUCUUGCCUUUCCUUAGUUUAACUGUAUUUUAAAUAACUUUCCUAUGUUAUUAUUUUUAACCACAGUAUGAACACAAUGAAAAUUAGAUAUUUUGACAACUCUAUUUCCAACACCUUAGGGAGAAACAGUGAUUCACAGAAAGCACACUUGCACUAAGUUAUCAUAGAAAAUAAAAUCAGGAUUCUCUCACAGGGCUGAUAUACUCUAUCAUAUCACACAGCUGUUCAAGCUCAUAGAGUACUGUGAUCACUGGAGCUGCAAACUUCACUGGCCUUGCUUUUGAGGACACCAAAACAGGCUGAGAAAAGUGACCUGUUCCUGCCACUGUACUGUUGUGACACACUUUACUAAGCCUGGUGUCUUUUGUGCACAAAUCCUUGUAAAGAAGCAGCAUUUUUACCUGUUUGGAGGUAACAUGAGUCAAUAUCAAUAUUGUGCCAGUGCAGAGAGAUUCAUGUUUGCUGUAUUACCUUCAUGUUUGUGUGAGCUCUUGUUCUGACUUUCACCCAAACAAAGUUGAGUUUGACGUUUGCAUGUUAGAUUAAUAACAUUAUGUAAGAGUUUUCUCUUUAGUCCUGGUUGUUUUCAGGUCAUAUACAGUAUUUCUUCUGCCCUGAGCUUUGCCUUGGAAAAAUAAAUUGUACCAUGGAUUCACGUUAAGCUGAUAAACUAAGUUCAGUUGUAUUUCCAAAUAUUACAAACAGAGGCACUGCAAAAAAUAUAGGCCCUUUAUAAAGACAUUCUCCACGGGGUUCUACCUGCAUUAUUUAUUUAACUUUGUUGGCCCCAAUAGCACAAGGGGCUGAAUACUCAUUGCCCUUCAUCUCAUGUUUGACACCUCUAAUAAUAAAGCAGUGAGAAGUCUCUUUAGUUUUCAUUAACUUAAAACUGUGUGACCAUGGAGCCAAGAGGUGCUCAAGUCAGAGUCACUGUUUCUAAAUUAACUAACUUUUAAGGAUGACUGUGUGUACUUUCUAUUUGGUUUUGGGGGAACUGAACCCUAGACCAGAAAAAGAGCGACACGUGAGCUAGUUCAGGCAGACAACUUUUGUUGUGAUGAUUUUACAUCAAUUACUUGACAAUGAACCCUUCAUCUCUAAAGUUGGUAGACUAUUUAAGCCAACAGAUUUCUAGCCUCUCCCUCUGGUUUGUCAUUGACACCACCGCCUUGCACCUGUGCUAGACUCAGACUUUCAACACUAUCAUCCCUUCCCAACACCCACCUGCAGGCCAAGACCUGGCUGUGAGACAUCAUAAUCUGCCAUGAAAAUACACAUUUCAAACCUUUAAAACAAGAGUUUAUAAAGAACAGUCUUGUUUUAUUCUAAAAGCAGUUUCAAUUCAAAUUCUAGCUGGUACACAGAGAGAGCGCAGCUCUGUAAAUGCUGAAUAAGCUGAAUAUGAUGAAUCCAUUUAAAACAGAUCGAUCUUUAUUUCUGAGAGCAGACUGGUAUCUGUCUCACUGGACCUUUACAGGGCAGCUGGUUGCAGGUACAGCCUCUGAUUGGUACCAAUACAAAGAUAGCAGCCUCCUUCUAGCAUUGUCAGCUGACAUAAAACAAACAAGACUAAUUAUGAGGGGUUUAAUGACCAAACACUGGACAAAUUCCUACUGUGGCUAGCUUCAAAAAAUGUUCAUCCUGAUCUAGAAGCAACCCCUAGUGUUGAAAAUGAAGUAAUUUUGGAAGGGUGAAAAACUUUUGUUUGACUUGUGCAAAGGAAUCCCAUUUAAACCCAUAAGAUACUUCCAUGUUUCAGGCAGAAUUCAACAUGUUUACUGCCUGGUACAAAAGCUGUUUGGACCUAAUUUUUUGUUCAUACCAAAUGUACAAGUGGUAAAUUUGUUGGAGCUUCUCUUUGACACUAUAAGAAGUGGUCAACCACUACUGGGCGGAUAUCUAUAUAGAUUAUUAGUUGUCCAUGAGACCAAUAAUGGAUACUCAGAACUGAUGUGGACUGACUGUAAAAAAAAAAAAAAAACAAUAAUAAUAAUAAAAAUAAUUAAAACCUUUGCAGGCAGCUUGGUCACAAACCCAGCUUUUGCCAUUUCUAGAGAAGUUAGGGUAAGCAUUACCCUAACUUCACAUGGUGCCCACCAUUGCCGAGCUCUCAUGAUUUAUACUGUAAAUCAAACUGUUUUUAUUCUUUUGGUCCUGAAUUACUGAAUUACCACCCAACACCAAAUGAAGCACUAACGACAGAGAUAUGUGAACCUUUGCCUCAUUCUCUCUGAGCUGUUUUCAGCAGAAGCAUGUGUUUUACAGAUUUGCAGAAAGUUCUGGUCAAAUAUCUCCAGCAGGGUCAGGAUUUCUGUCUGCCUCUUCACAAACUGUCAUUUGUUGUAACUAGUUUAGAUGUUUGUGUGACUGUGUUGCUCUGUGUUGGAUGUGGUGUUGCUGUGACACAACACUUGACCUUUCACCCACUUUGCUUCAUUAAACCGAGAUUAACUUGGUGUCACUGUUAAAAGCUGCAGUUUGCAUCUGAUGUAAUCAGUCGUGGGGAAUCACAAUACGCAGAUGUUGCAGGCUGGACCGGGUUCUGUGUAGAUGUUGGCACAGUUAGAGGGAUGGCCUCAGAUGAUUCCAGGUUCACUCACUGGGUUUGACCUUUCAGCUGUGGAUUUAGUUUUUCUGUGGCUGGUUUUCUGUCUCUGAGCCUCCCGGUCAGUUUGUCUCUGAUGCGUAAAAAGAGAAAAGACUCUUUUCAUUUAUUUAGUUUUAAUAAUGAAUAAAUCCUGCAAAAGCUCUGUCUUUUAUUCAGCACUGUGGCUCAAACCACACACAUGAUGUAGCUGCACUAAGUCCAUGUGUGUGUUCAAUGCGUGUGUGUGUGUCACUCUCUCAAUCGUCUGCCGUGCGGUGUCCAAUCUGACAGCAUUGCACUAAUCCAGCAACUGUGGUGUUAGAAGACUUCACAGCAAUCUAGAUUGAGUCCAGUCCACCAGUCUGUGGAUUAUCAGACACUCAGCAUUGUCUCAAACAAAGUCUUUGUGUAACUGCGUUACAUGAGCUGUUGACUGCUUCAUAUUCUUGAGUAGGCUCUCAUUUAUUUCACACUUUAUGAGCCAAAUGAGGGAAAAAGAUGAAAUCUUUGACUAUUAACCUCCUAAUGAUUAAGUUCAUGCUUGAACGGUGCAGAGAGCUUUAUUUUUUUUGUCUGUGGAUGAAUGCUACACUUUGUACCCAGGAAGAUAAAAGACACAUUAUGUAAUGGCUAAGCCAUUCAUUGCUCUAAAAGUAGCAUGAAAAAAAUGAACUUUAAUCCAGUGUAAUAAAAGAUUGAAGGUGACAGUUUGCUUAAAUUUGUUUCUGCUGCCCUUUGAUCAAGCUGGAGAAGAUAUUUGAGUUUUUUAAAUUUUAUUUUAGUUUGCACAGUGUAAGAUGUUUGAAAAGCACUGAGUGGCUCUUUUUUUAAGGCUGUCAAACUAUUAUUAGUAUUUUUUUUCCAAUCAGGAUUAACUGUAUUUUGAAUCACCUUUAAUUAUUUUUGUUUGAUUUCAGUCCACACUGGUGAUGAGCAGCAAUUCCUUCCAGUGUCUUAAUGUACCUCAUAAUCUUGAUUUUUUAACUAACUGUAACACCGGUGUGGUCUGGGACCAGGACUUUGAGGCAGGAGGCAGCGUUAGAGUCAUUUGUGAAUACAGUGUUUUCUUCUGAUUAUUUUCACUAUUUAUCUAUUUAUUUUGAUGAAAAUUGUCACACAUUAAAACAUAUAAAAGAGUGUAUGUACAAAAAGUGCAUUUCUUCAAUUUGGAUCCAUCAACAGGUCUUUAUGGUGAAUCAGACACUCCAAAAAAAAAAAACUGUCUGCUUUUGUUAGUCCAUUUAGCUGCACCUGCAUGCUUAGUGCAGAAGCAGCAUGCAUAAAGGGAGGGAAAAAAACUGAGUGGCUGCACAGAAAACUACAGUAAUCUUCUGAGGUGGAUCAAAAACAUAAGAAUCAUCAGUAGUUUUUUCCCUCUCUUUGACUAACCUGUAGGAUACAUUUUGUUGUUCAUUGAAUAAUGAGGUAUGUAGAAUUGAUAUGUUAACAAGCAAGCAUAACUUAUUUAUAGUUUUAUGUAAUCAUCAGAGUAGCUGCAUCAGCAAUGGCAGAAACUAUGUGUUCAAUGAAUACAUUAAGUAUUUUACAGUGCCCCACUCUGUGAUGACUACAUGCAACUGUUAACUGAUGAAGCCAGACAGUACAGUAACACUAUAUUGUGCUUCUCCCUAUCACAUACACAAGGUUUUUCUCUAACACUCUUUUGUUAAAUAUGAAUAAUUCUAAGAUAAUAAUCAUCAGCAGCCAUUUUUCCUUUUUUUACCAUCUUUAACCAGUCAAGCUAGCUGCUACAUAGUUUAGCUGCUGGCACUGACUCCAUAUUUACAGUUUAGAUAAGUCAUUAGAAGUUACUCGCUUCAAACUCAAACUGAGAUCUCAUUCCUUAUUAAGUCUGAGAGGCGCCUGUGUUAGAGAUGCUCUUUAAUACAAAACCCAAUUCCAAUGAAGUUGGGAAGAUGUGUAAAUCAUAAAUAAAAAUGGAAUACAAUGAUUUGCAAAUCCUUUUCAACCCAUAUUCAAUUGAAUAUACUACAAAGAUGACAUUUCUGAUGUUCAAACUCAUAAACUUUAUUGCAAAUAAUAAUUAACUUUAGAAUUUGAUGGCAUCAACAUGUGACAAAAAAAAGUUGGGAAAGGUGGCAAAAAAUCUUGAGAAAUUUGAGGAAUGCUCAUCAAACACCUAUUAGGAACAUCCCACAAGUGAGCAAGCCAAUUGGGAACAGGUGGGUGCCAUAAUUGGGAAUAAAAGCAGCUUCCCCAAAACUUCUCAGUCAUUCACAAGCAAGGAUGGGGUGAGGUUCACCACUUUGUGAACAACUGCGUGAGCAAAUAGUCAAACAGUUUAAGAAAAACGUUUCUCAAAGUACAAUUGCAAGGAAUUUAGGGAUUUCAACAUCUACAGUCCAUAAUAUCAUCAAAAGGUUCAGAGAAUCUGGAGAAAUCACUGCAUGUAAGUGGCACGGCCAGAAACCAACAUCAAAUGCCUGUGACCUUCGAUCCCUCACGUGGCACUGUAUCAAAAACCAACAUCAGUGUGUAAAGAUAUCACCACAUGGGCUCAGGAACACUUCAGAAAACCACUGUCAGUGAAAACAGUCCGUCGCUACAUCUGUAAGUGCAGGUUAAAACUCUACUAUGCAAAGCAAAAGCCAUUCAUCAACAACAUCCAGAAACUUCUCUGGGCCCGAGCUCAUCUAAGUUGGACUGAUGCAAAGUGGAAAAGUGUUCUGUGGUCUGAGGAGUCCACAUUUCAAAUUGUUUUUGGAAAUAGUGGACGUUGUGUCCUCCGGGCCAAAGAGGAAAAGAACCAUCUGGACUGUUAUUGACACAAAGUUUAAAAGCCAGCAUCAGUGAAGGUAUGGUGGUGCAUUAGUGCCCAAGGUUUGGGUAACUUACACAUCUGUGAAGGCAACAUUAAUGCUGAAAGGUACGUACAGGUUUUGGAGCAACAUAUGCUGACAUCCAAGCAUCUUCUUUUUCAUGGAUGCCCCUGCUUAUUUCAGCAAGACAAUGCCAAGCCACAUUCUGCAUGUGUUACAACACCUUGGCUUCGUAGUAAAAGAGUGCGGGUACUCGACUGGCCUGCCUGUAGUCCAGAACUGUCUCCCAUUGAAAAAGUGUGGUGCAUUAUGAAGCGUAAAAUACAACAACGGAGACCCCGGACUGUUGAACAACUAAAGCUGUACAUCAAGCAAGAAUGGGAAAGAAUUCCACCUUCAAAGCUUCAACAAUUAGUCUCCUCAGUUCCCAAACGUUUAUUGAGUGUUGUUAAAAGGAAAGGUGACGUAACACAGUGGUAAACAAGCCCCUGUCCCAACUACUUUGGCACGUGUUGCAGCCAUGAAAUUCUGAAUUUAUUAUUUGCAAAAAAAAAAAAGUUUAUGAGUUUGAACAUUAAAUAUCUUGUCUUUGUAGUGUAUUCAAUUGAAUAUAGGUUGAAAAUGAUUAGCAAAUCAUUGUAUUUUGUUUUUAUAUACGUUUAUCACAAUUUCCCAACUUCAAUGGAAUUGGGUUUUGUAAUUAGGUUACAUUUGUUAAACUGAUGGGAAUGAUAGUAAAAUUUUUUGUAUUAAUCAACACUUGGUGAUGAGCGGGGUCCAGGGUAAGACCUGCGCUAGGAUCUUCAGGUAGGCACCUUCCUUCAGUGGUGUUUUUGCUGGUAGGCCCACAACACGUCUGUAGGGCUCAACGGCACCACUUGUUGUCCCAGCCAUGCCCCCCUAUGCUCUUACCUCCCUUGGUGUUCACAUCGCAGCCCAUUUGGUGUCCUUUCUCUUUAACCAUAGCCGGCUGCUGCUUUGCUUAGCAGUUUCUGAUAGAGAUCCAAUGUUUUGUUGGAAGGCCUGUCCUCACAAUCCCAUUCCAGUUUCUGAACAUAAACAGUUUGGUUGUGGACAUGGCAAUAAAACCCCUCCAACCAGCCUCAACAGGAAUCACCUGGGUAUGUCAGCCAUGCAAUUCUUGCUUUCAUGUUUGAUCUUCAAGUGUUUCCACUUUACUAACUGCAGCUUCCCAAGGUACAGUUAGUUCCACCAUAAAGACUGACUUCUGCAAGGUAGACCACAAGACUAGGUCUGGUCUGAGAUUAAUUGUGAUGAUCUCAGGCAGAAAGAUGAGUUUGCUAGUCCAGUUGAACCUGCAUUUUCCAGUUUUUUACAAAAAGGGUGGGGUUGGAGACCUCUCCUUGAUGUUUGAGGAGGUAGAGCAUUGUUGGCAGUUCUACUUCCUUCCAGGGUGAUAGCCAGUUGUUGGAAGACCUGGUUGUGUCUGCAGGUGUAGUGGCCAUGGGACAAAUUGGUUUCACAGUCAUUGAGGAUGAGCCUGAAUGUUGCAGGGGUUUGGCAGAGAGCACAUGAUGGAAGAACAUUGUAGGUGGCUCUGAUGAUGAAGCUAAGUCAGCUUCCCCCCCAUCUUCCAAAGAACCUUCCAGGUUAGCUAACGAUACACUAGGUUUUCCCAGUUAGUCCAUCUGCCCUGUUUGGACUGUCAGACUCUCUUUGCAUGUGUCUCACAGCUUUCGCAACCAACAGUUUUCCUCUGGGUUGAUGUCUCCAUUUCUGAUAGCAGACUUUGCUUGCUGUACAGUCUCAGACAGUAUCCAUUUCCCUCCAAGUUGCCACUUACACCGUAUUGUUGCUAAGUUGCUAAGGCACUGUGAAAGACCAAGCCACUUCUUGAUGUAUGAACUGACUGUCCUCUUCGGCUUCUUAACUUUGGUCAUGGCGAUAUCGUAGACUGUAAAGCCGCAUUCAGACCAAACGCGACCAGGUCGCGUCGCGUUGGUCGGUCAGGUCGCGUCGCGUGGUGCCCUGGUGUGUCAACACCGGGUCCAAAGCUGCAGUCGCAGGUCGCGGCUGGUCGCAGGUGACGUCAUCCAUGUCACUAGCUCAGUUUUCAGUUCAUCAGUGCUGCCGCAUAUCUGUACAUCCGCAGUAGACGCCGCCGGCGUUUAUGGGUGCAUGAAACCAUCCGGAGGAGGACGGAGCUGGGUGAAUUUCACCGCUUGCUCCAGGAACUCCGCCUGGACGACGGCCGCUUCCAGCGUUACUUCCGUGUGUCGACGGCGCAGUUCGAGGACCUCCUCGCCCCGGUGGGAAGCAGCAUCUCCCGCCUGGACACGAAAUACAGGCGCUCCGAAACUGAGAUGCUUCUUCUUUGGCGUUGCGGUCCCGGUACAGCCCGCAACCCACGUCGUAUAGCACCGGGUGGUAGCUAACGGAUGUGAUUAACUGCUCCUCCAUUGUGAUUCUUCUUCUCCUCUUCCUUGUUUCGCCGGUUUGUUGACGUCAGCAGAGCCCUGAUUGGCUGUCGCGGCACGGAGUCGCUCCCAAAGUUCAAAUAUUUGAACUUUGGGAGCGACGCGACUUGGCGUCCUGCGACCUCGGCGACGCGACCUCGGGGACGCGCCUUGGCGACCGGUCGCGCCCGGUCGCGCAUGGUCGCGUCGCAGGAAGCCGGCGGUCGCCAAGUCGCGUCAGGUCGCGGCUGGCCAUAGACUUUGCAUUGGGAGCCGUCGCCAAGUCGCGUCAGGUCGCGUUUGGUCUGAACGCGGCUUUAGAGGCCAAAUCAGCUGAUCACUCUGGUCUGAGUCUUUCAGGCUUAUGUUAUCCCAGGGCCUGUAAGCCUCAACAGGGCUGAAACAAGUACGUUUUUUAAACCUAUUGGAGCAGACAGAUUUCUGCUCAAUAUCCCAGUCAUUACAUAUUGUGUUCAUGUGAAGCAGCGCUGUCAGCUGAAGGAACUUUUGAAUAAAAGGCUUCAACUAACUCUAUGAUUCCAAUCAAACAGGUUACUUUUAAAGCAACAGUAUUUUAAAGACAACGGUACUUAAGGAUAAUUUGCUUUUAAUCCAAACUUUAUGAGAUUUGAGGACAGUAUAUUAAAGCCUCUGUGCAGUACUCCCAAACCUUUAAGCCUAGGACCCCCAAAAUAAAAGUGCCUGUGACCCUCACUGUACCUUAAGAUGGGGAAAUUGGUGCAAGCAUUAAAACUGGUAGUAAUUCAAAAAAGGCUGGAAGCAGAAGCACAAUGUAAGCAAUAAUUUUUUGAUAAGUGAUAAUUACUGAUAAAAUAGACUAAGUUAUUUAUUUGUUUAUUUAGACAUUCAUUUUUUAAUUUUUCCUUUCUUUUCGGAAGGAACCCCACAACCCCCGCUUUUGGAAAACGCUGCUCUGGCAAUAAUUUGUGUCUAUUUGCUCUUUUUUUUUUUUUUUUACAAUUUUGAGCACUUCCAGUGCUUAUUUUAAGUUUUACAGAGUGUGUCUCGAAUUGUACGAAAGCUAUACGACAAAAAAGUACAGCUCAACUAUGCUCCUAUGUCUAAGUCCAUAUCCAUCCAUCAUCAAAGAGCAAAAUAAGACAAUGAAAACUCAUUAAAAGUCAUUUUAAAAGACUUCAUAUUUUAAGGUGCAAAUCUAUUGAUGGUACCAGAGACUUUCGGUCCCAGGAACUUUCCUGUAAGGAACGAAAUGGUUCCUUUGGUUCUCUGGGUUUCCACAACAGCCUAAAUUCAAAGGAAAAUAAUGCAAGUCAUACCCAAGUCUUAUAGAGAGCUAGUCCAGGACAGUUAUUUGAUAGAUGAUGACACUUGGACAACUCUAUUGAAGUCCCAUGCUGAACUUUUGUGUUUUCAAAUAAGCUGUCACAAAUUAAAUUGGCAGAACGUCAGUGGUACAUGCAGAAUCUGUGCAUGUAUGUCUGAAUCUUGCAGUUUGUAAGUGCAAAGUCGUAAUUAUGGGGCGCAUUUACACUCCAAAGUGUGUAAGAGAUAUGUGUGUGUGUGUGUGUGUUUGUGCAAAGCUGGCAGUGUUUCAUAUGUAAAUUAAGAACCUGUUAUUUAAUGUAAAUAAGAUUGUCUUCAGGCCCCCAAAGUUCCUGAAGAUCCAUUUACCUCAGAAGUUAAUUUUGAAUCUGAUUUCAGCUGUUGAAAAUGUACACAGUUUAUCAAAAGGUUCCUAAUUACUGGAGAAAGUUCCUGCUGCUGAAAAACAGUUUUACUGUAAGCAAGCUGUCAUUGACUCUUGUUUUCUUUACAGCAGUUCAGCAUAAACAAUGAGCUUCAAGAGGUGCAGUCAAUGAACCUGGGGACCAUCCAGUUAGUGAUUUGAUAAGACCUUAAGACCUGAUCAGAAGGCUAAUCCAUGGUUUUGGCUGAAAGAGUUUGUUGAGUCGUCUUUUGCAGAGGGAAAAGACUGAGUUCAUCUUUGCUAAUGUAUGAAAAACACUGGAAACCUGCAGUGACCAUCUGUUUUCAUGUCAAUAUUUACUCUGAACAGAAGAAAUAAGGAUUAAAAUUAAUAGGAAUCAUGGUGCAAUAUUGUCAAAAAGUAGUUUGGUUUGUAUCAUACGAUAAAGGGCACAUCAAUUUGAGCCAGAGACUUUUUGAUACGUUGUAAAUUCAUCACUCUGGCUUGAUGAAUUUUUCUUUCAAUUUUAUUUUUACAUUAGUGCUUUAUUUGGAGAAAAAUAUAUUUGUACCAUGUUUCUUUUACAGUAUAUCUGUGUGUAUCUUUGACAUCAAAUAAUGUUGUGCCUCCUAUGUUGUAUAUUGCCUUCUUUGCUGAGCUCUUGUAUACUCCAAAUUACUAUUAUGAUACCAUAAUUGUACUCUGAAAAUACUCUGUGCUGUUCCUCUGAUCUGUAGUCAAUGACAUUUACGGGGAACUCCUGAUAAAACUCCCUACUGCUCUCUAGCAGCUGUGAUUAAAGACAAUAAUGAGAACACAAAGAAGUCAGCUGUCAUAGGUAACCUUUAACUGACACACAUGCUGCUCAUGUCCCGGAGCUUAGUUUGCAUACUGACUGUUACAAACACUCCAUGGAAAGAAUCAAAGGAACACCAAGCCAAAACAUAAGACAGCAGUGAAGUAAGUCUGACUUUAUGGCAAUAAAGAGAAGACACUGGGGGAACCAGAACUGAUCUUUUUUGAAUAAAUAGUUUGAAGCUAUGGUAAAUGUAGUAGGUACUUGUGAAUGUUUAAGGUGGCCUCCUUACACCUCCUAAGUCCCUGACUUAUUCCAGGUCUUGAUCCAGCAUGGUUGUUCCCUCCCACAGGCUUUUCUACAAACACUCUCAGUAAAACGUUAAGCUGAUUUUUCCUCCCGCUAAUGUAAGUGAUGCCUUUUACAUCCCUGAACAAAGACAACACAUGGACAAAGCACCUGCUGGUGAUUUGUACAAAGGAAGAGAGUUUAAGGCAUACUUGAAAAAUGAGACAAACCUGUCUUUUUGUGCUUUCUGUCGGUCUACCUAUUCUGUAUUUGCAUUUCAGUUUGUUUACAGGAGCAUGAGGCAGACUGUGCCUACUUUAUAUAUCUGUAAUUAUAGCCAAUGAUGAGCAAUUUGCAAUAAGCAAAGUUAUUAUCAGAAACAAAAAUGAUCAAAACAAUCAAACUAGAAUGUCACAAUCAAUAGCUGGUAAUGGAAAUACAAAUAAAAAGGCUGCAAAAGAAAAGAUUUUUUUUAUGCACAUACGAUACUAGCUUACUGGCUGACAUUUAUCCUCUAUAGUGUGUGGGCAUCCAUCUUUUGUAUUUUUUCAUACAUUUUUUAAGCAUAUGAUGUUUUGAACUUUUUAAAAAAUAUUUGGGCACUUUUACUUUUAUUGAUGCCAAAGAUGUUCAGUAAAGGGCAAAAGACGAGAGACAAGCUGAGGAGUUCUGCAAGGGGGGGAGGGGGCAUCAGUGGUAUAAUCAGGAUGUUUAAGGGGUAUGGGCCAAGACAAACUAAAGGGUGUCUGCUGUGCUAGGUCAUGACAGAUUUUGAAAGUGUUUUCCUUGAGAUAAAACCUUGUAUAACAAACAAACCACUGGUUAAGAAAAACAGUAGGUUACUUUAUAACCUUUUAUCUCCUGAUAGGGCACACUAAGGGUACUAAGUUUGAGUUUUAUACUCAACAAGACUAACCAGAGGGGGCCUGCUUUACAUUUUAUUCUCUACAGGAGCAACCAACGAAACUUUAUUUACAUGCUAUAUACUAAAGGAGGGCAACCUCUAGGGGUUUUUUUUUUUUCAAGUAAUUUCUACUACAAGGGCAUUAGAAGGGGGGAUCACCCUCCUUGUCCCCCUCUGAGUACACCACUGGUGUUCACCUUUACUGCUUGGCCAACUAUGACUCCAAUGUUUGGAUUUUUUUAUUCUUAAAUUAGAUUUUUAGGGCCCUAUUAGUUUGUCCUUGAUAAGUAUUCAAGAUAUGUUAAAAAAAAUGUAUUUUCCGAUGAACCUAAUCUUUUAAGUCAGGUGUCUGCAGGAGGACAAAAUAUGAGAAAAGUCAAGACUGGAGAGUCACAGGGAAAGGGUUCAGAGAGUGACAGUGGUGGACUCGGCUAUGUCUCCAGCAUGUUGGUGGGAGUAAGAGGAUGUGAGCAAAACUGACAAAGGCUUAAGGUGAUUACGUUCUGCCAUUUUAAGGUGGGAUAUUCACGCCCCUGUAAUGACUGGUCUGCAAUGCGUAAUGUACUGAGAGGUAAUGGCAGUGGCAGAGCCUGACUUUUUCAACUGUGGUAGCCAGACAUGGUGAACAGCAAGCCCCAAACAGGGGAGGACUACCUCCAUUAAUGACAUGAUUAACUUCUGACAUAAAGUAAUCCAAAAAUGUUGUAUUCUUGUGAAUCACUGUUAACUUUAAAAGGUAACUCAGCAGAGUGGACACAUUGAAGUCUGCUGAGCUUGACUCUUUACCAAAAGAAGACAUCUGUACAAAGUCACUAUUUUAGAGCAUCAGCUAAAGAAAAUGUUCAGCCCUUAACCAGACUCUAGCUAAUUUUCUGCACUUCUGCUGCACUGGUUGUCUACACUCAACAUGCAUUCAACAUGCAAGGAUUAUUUUUUAAAGUAAUCAUUGUAAAAGGUAUGUUUGCAUUUAUUGUGCAUGAUUGAAAAGGGACAAUCUGUUCACAGCUGAAUUGUUGGUAUUUUGGAUUUCAGGCACUUGAGUAAUUUUUAAAAAGACAUUGAGAUGUUUACUAUUAUUUCUACCUGCCCUUUUGAGUGGUCACCCAGCUUUUUAAAAAACUUAGCUGUGAUUGGUCAAAACUAAUUAUCAAGGUGUACUAAUUCGCUAAAGACCUGUUGAAAAUUACACUAGGAUUACACAAACACAGCAAUAAAUAACUUCCCCCAUUUUUUUUCUUUGAAUUUACGUAACUCUGAAAAGGUCUAUUCAUAGAUCACUUCCUCUUAAUUGUCAUUAAAACACAGCUUUGUGACACAGACCACUGAGCUUUAGUCAGAGAAUCAGGAGGCAGAAAGAGCGAGCUUGUUGAUGGCAGAGCUCAGUCCAUGAGCGGUGAUUAACACAACAGCACAGGACGGGUCUGCUGCGGCUCUCAGCAUGGUUGAGUGCUGUCCAUUAGGUCAAAGGAUUAGCGGGGGUUAAUGGAGUCGGAGAAAACAGGAUAUGCUGCUCCACAGAAACUUUUACAGCUUAUAACCUCGCAUGGGCCGGAGUUUUACACCAGUAUUAUGUUUUAAAAAGUGUUCCUGGGUCAACAAAGUUCUCAUUUGUCUAAUGUUAGCAUCUAGACACUGUGCUGUUACCUCUGUUCUUAGUGCCAAAUCUUCGCAAAAGCUUUGUAAAUGAAAAUACGGCACAUUUAUUUGUCUUAAUAUAUUUGUCUUAAAUGCUUAAUCCUACUCUGUAAGAAAAGUCUGUAAACUGUGAAAAUUAGCCCUACUUUUGGUGUAGAGGCCUUUAAAAGCAUUUAUGCACAUAUUUUUUCCAAAUGUUACAGUUUGAAAGCAUCUAUUGAAACCUUAUAAGUUGUUUGGAUGGGAUUAACAGCAGUAAAGUUUUCAUGCAACUAUUUGCAAAAAUUAAGUCCCCUCUUUAAAAAAAAACUAUGAAAGAAAAUGUGAGUUAAUGUGUUAUUUCAUCAACAUACAAGCCCUUACUCUGUUUCCAAUGCAAUUUUAGUUCAUUAAUGAUAAUUAAGUGUUGAAACAUAGUGCUGCAUACUUAAUACUCUUCCAGAUCAGUUUAGCAUUAAACAUUUUUGAAACUUUUUGAAGAGUUUAUUUUCACUCAAUGUUGACUUAUUAUUCUUGUAUGGAUCAAUAAUUUAAUUAAACAAAGUAUCUCAUUAGCCUAUACUGUCAGUUACACAGAUACUGCAGGACAUGGGGUAAAGAUCUCUGUGUCUAAACUUCUUCCCAUUAAUCCGAGUAGGUUUUGGCUUUUUGGGCUCUCUGAGAAGUUAAUUGAUGUCUGAUUGCUUGGCCUCAAGAGCACAAUCCCAGGUUAGCCCUAGUUACUGGCUCUGAUUAACCCCAUCCCCUGCUCUCAGCCGCGGGUUUAGGUGAACAAAGCAGGUGUGGGAGCGGCUAAAUGUCAUGCACAGAGCAGACUGACGACGGAUAACCCUCCAUACGUCAGUGCAGGGAAGACCUAAAAUCCUAAUCUCAAGCUGACACGACAGGAGCUCCCCAGAUCUCCCUGCAGAACUGCGGCUGUGUGACGCAGCCUAACUAGCUUAUGAGUCAUGUGAAGGGCUGGGGACAAGAUACGAGCAGGUUUAGCCGUGCAUGUGCAAGCUGUAGGAUGUAGUUUUUAAGCUUACCAUGGCAGUGAAGACAGGUUUUUGUGUGUGUGUCAGACUGCUUCCACUUUGUGUGUUUCAAAUAUUUCCCAUUAACAGAAGCUGGAGCAGUGAAGGAUGCAGGAGAGAGGCCCUGACAUGUUGAUUAAUGGCUUAAUCAGGAGCAGUGUGUCACUGUCUACAUGGCUAUCUCCUGCACCGCCACAACAAUAGCUUUAGCACCUGAGGGAUACAGGCUGUCAGACAAACCCAGGUACAUCGAUCUUGCAGCCCCCCCCUCUGGAUCAAGACACUAAAACUGAUGCCAUGUCAAAACUACACGCCACUUUUCACACUAAUGACAUCAUACAUUCAGAGCUCAUGUGUCACAGUACAUAUGCUGCAGAGGCAUUGACUCGGUACCUUUAUCUGCAUUAUGAAUGCAGCUUACUGUGUGAAUUUGCUUAAGGCCUUGUUUACUCACAGCUUCCAAAUUUGAGGGGACAAGCAUGGGCGUCCAUCGGGAAAUCCUCCAGCUGCAUGGGGCAUUCUGCUGAUAUAGUCAGUCUGAAAAAGAGAGGUCAUGCAUAAAAGUCAAAAUAAUAGAAAUUAACUUUGGCUGUGCUGCACUUUUAGUGCAAGAAAUGCAGCUCUGAGUACUUCCCAGCAAGGCAAAUACACGCUCCUAUACCUGAAAAUAGAUGGUAAAAACAGGGACUAAGCAAUAUUAUUUAUUAUAUUAUGACAUCUUCAAAAAAAACAAAUACAUAAAUAAAAAUAAAAAAACAGCAGAAUAAAACAUUUGCAGGCAAUUAGUGUUAGCACUCCGACACAGGUAAGGUCCUAGAUCAGAUAUUUUUACUGAACACUCAAAAUAACAACAAAUAACAUAGGCUGCAACAACAAUAACAAUGCAACAACAAAAUAAAAUUAGUGAAUAUCUACAAAGUUUAACCCCUUUGUUAUUUUAUUUUUACAUCUGUAUGAUAUGUUGUCUUAAAAGAUUUGCUCCUGUUCCUUUCAAAUGGUUAUAUUUGAUCAGGGCCACUGAUCCAAAGGUUUGCACAUUAAAGAAUUAUCUUGAAAAUUAUUUUUUUUGCCUUUGGACAAAAGUCAGCAAAGGCCUGAUGAUCACAUUGUCCUGGAGAUUAUCCUCUGGAUCAUCAUGUGGUUUGAAGUGUGUUUUGAGUGAAUUUAGAAAACAUUUAAACACAGCGAUAGCCAAUCAAGAGACAAGCAAACAAGAGAAGGAAGCACAACAAAUGUAACCAUGGCAACAUAAGUAAAUAUAAACUUAACAGAAUCAGCCCAUUGAUACAUGCUAACAACAUGAGAGUUAACACAAAGCUUUCAGCAAAACACACCAUCACCGCAAUUGAAAAGACAAAGGGAUGUUUAGUCCUCAGAGGUUGUGUUCAUUUUCCCCUUCUGUAAAAAAAAACUUCAAACACUGUGGCUAGUUGUCAGCUUUAAACUCUGAAUGUAAAAUUGAUUGGUUUGAAGCUGACUUGGUCCCUAAACUCUAGUGUUUUCAGUUAAAUAAGGAGUUGGUUUGUCAAUACUCUGAUAAGUCUUUCGGCUCUUUGUUAAAGGAUGACGAUCAAGUCUGUAUCUGUUUUGUAUGUGUUUCCUCAAACUUCCACACAGUAACUCAUGUAUGGGAAUAUGAUGUAAAAUGGCAACUGAUUUAUAUAUAUUUUUUGCUUUGACAUCAUUUAUGGGCUCUUUCUAACAAAGUUUACCAUUAAUUAUAAUUUGUAGGAAUUUGAUUUUGAAAACUCUUUUAAUUUCUACCUCAUCUAUCACAAGUUUUCUGCUUAAGUUGGUUGACCCGCUUUUCAAAUAUUUUAAAUAAAGUUAUGCUAGAGUUGAGAGUUAAUUUAUUUCAAUGAGACCAACCCUUCAAUUUCUGUAACUUAAUGCCCACAAGUCUUCCCCACAGCAAAGUAAAUCUGUGUCAUUUGCAAAUACAUUUGUUGUUAAUGUAUUGGAGACCUAGCCUGGCUGAGCCAUCCAGUUGCGUGAAUCACUAGCCGUUCCUUCCCACAACAACUUCCCACUUUUAGGGCUCCCAAUUGGCCGGAGUCCAGACUGUUGUGGGAAGGAACGGCAAGUGAUUCACACAACUGGAUGGCCAAGCCAGGCUGUUGGAGACCUAACUUGUGAUUUUACCCUCUCAUGCAAAGAUUAUCAAAUCAUUAGGUGAUGUUUUUGUUUGAAUUCAGUAACUUUUUUUACCAACACAUUUAAUUUGGAGGGAGUUGUGAAUCUGUCUUUUCAGUCUGAGACUAUUAAAUAUUGCUGUUUAAUAAAACUAUUCACUUGAUAGAUAUAUCACAAUUUUAAAUUCAACAUCAAAAACUGAGGUUGAAUCUUACUAUGGAUGCAAUGGCAAAAUGUAUUCUUUAGUGCACGACAUCUGCUGAGGAGGUCAGAUGUAUUUUCAGUCACAGAAAAAAAAUGUACAUGUAUACUCCAAUCAAGAUCUAAAUGAAAGAAGUCCUAACAGCUCAUUUCUAUCUAUCUGGUUGUGGAUUUACCACCUUGUAGUUGAGACAUGGUGCUGUCACUUUAACAGCUAAAAAUGGCAUCUGCAUAAAAUGGUUAAUAAACGUAAAUGACAAAAUAGGAUGUAUUGCGCAACUAAAACAUGUAGAAAUGUGACAGAAACAUAAAGUACACCUAAAAGUAUGCAAAAUGUGAGAUAUCAAAUAAAACCUGUUUCAUUAAGAGAAAAUAAAGACGCCUCAUGGUGAUGCACAGGUAAAUCAGCAAAGCAAUAUUAGACAUCAUCAUGAUCAUCACGAUCUUAAUGAUCAUCAUAAUGGUCACCAUUUACAGGAAUUAACAUGUCCCCUCAUUGUAAAUGAUUUGCUUCAUUUGUCUUGUGUUUAAUUUUCUAUGCAGCCAUUAACCAAUAAGGACCCUGCUCCAUCUUCAUUAGAGUGGCUCAGAUUGGUACCAGCAGUCAGAAAUGUCAUUUUCCUCACAGCACAGAGCAAUAGGACACUGAACCACCAGAGGGACCCAUGAUAGAGCUCAUCCAGUCAGAAUGAUGCAACUGUGUGUGCAAAAUCUGAGCUGAAGAAUCAUUUUGGAAAACAGCAGAGGAUUAUUUUGUGGAGUUAGGGUGCCACCUGUCUGUGGAAAGGAAAUAAAGCCUAAAAACAAAAGGCUUUAUUAAAUUCAAAACACCAGACAAGAGAGUUUAUUUGGAAGGUACUAUCAGCCAGACAGUCUUAUCUAAUGCUGCUCUCUAGUGGACGGAUUUAUAAGAGUCAGACCAGCUGCCAUCCACACAGAUCCAACUAGAAAGAUUAAGAUUCAGUGACACUGACAGGGAGACUUUUAGAGCAUGUGCUCUUUUAUGUUGGACCCCACAACUGAAUACAAGAUGAUAAUUUUACACCUUUUACACUUUGACAACUGUUCAGAUGGUAGAAUACUUUGUCCAUACCUGCAUCUAUUUAGCUUUAGUUCAGAGUUACCUUUCGCUUGAGACUUAACAUACAGUCAUUUUAUUGAACAGUAGAGUUUGGGCCACUUUAGUUUCCUUUCAAGUGUUCACUCUGGUCUAACUUUGCAUGGAACAGCAAAGUUACAUUUUGGCGCCCCCCUGUGGGCAAAACUAUAAAUCUUUUCACUCUGCUGACCUUUUCUUGUUAACGAGUAAGUACUUUUUAAACAUAAAUCUCUUAUCCUGCUCCUUUUAUGGACAUAUAUGUUGUUAACUGUGAAUAUAAUCUGUUAAAUGAAGGUCUGUUACCAAAUCAACCUUAUAAAGCAAUACCUGCAGGGUGGGGACAGAGCCACAUUUCAAUCUGGUAAAGGACUUAAAUUUAGAGGAACUCUGUAUGAUAAGACAUUGGAUCAACAUUUUGUCUAUUUGAGAUGUAUGGAGUCCAAAAUAACAUUGAAGAUCUCUACAUUCUAGAGAGAUUUAAAAAGAGAUAAACUCACCGGUAUUCUGCCAUUGUUACUUUGUCAUUGUAUGGUUCAUCCACGCCCCUUAACAUUGUUCACAUUUGUGGUGAUGGACCAAAAAAACGUUUUGAGCACAGGGUAAGUGAAGGCCACUCUAAAGGAAUAACUCUCAAAAUAGGUAAAAAUCAGAGAAAUCAGAGAGGUGAGGGUCAGAUUAAAAGCUCAUCUGUCUUUUUCACUCUCUGCUCCUUACUGCAUGAACAGCCUGCUCUGAACUACUCCAAUACUACCACUCUGUAUGUUUCACAGAUAGUUACUAUUAGUUUCUUGGGAAAAAAAUCAUCUAAAAUAUUACAACUGUAAUCCAAUAAGGUCAACUGGUCAUAUGAAGAGGAGUUCCUCUUAAGAUGGUUGUAACUAUCAACUCUAAAUUAGGCAUAAGGUUAGACCUGGCAGGUGCACUCAGACCCAGAUUAGGAGAUUAGAGGAGGAACAGUGAGGGGAAACAAAACAAACAAUGACAUGAGAGUCAGCUGAACUGUUAACUGUGAAUUUCUGCUUUGAAACUAGAGUACUAGAAUCUGGGGUCGCUGAUAUUUUGGCAAAAGGUAAAAGUGUAUUUGGGUGAACAAAGGAGGUAGGGUGUCAAUACUGCUCCUCCACAUGUGGCUCCCUGCUGCCCAAAUCCAAAAAUGUCACCAGCAAAUGGGGUAUUUUGCAUAAGCAGAGUCCCUCAUAAGGCCUUAUACCAUGUUAUGCUAAUACAAUGCAUUAAUAAAACUAGGUUUUAAAUUGAACUGUGAGGAGGGAUUGCUGUAUAUUAAAGGUCAUCUGCUGUGUCAUCAGUUCUAGUGAAAAUAUUCCCCACAUCAACUCACAUCGGCCUGCAGAUGUGAACAGUGAGGCAGAGAAGAAAAAUACUGAUGAGUGUGUGAUUUUACUGCAGGUGAUGUAUUACAGAGCUCAUUGUUAUUCUGAAUUAUAAUCAGCCUUCGCUUAGCGGCCUGUUCAGAAAGACUAUGCUGUGUCCUGUAUCACUCUCUGGCGAACUAUUAUGCGGAGCUGAACAAAGGAGUUGGGACUGCUGUGAGUGUGUUUGUGUUGCAUUCAAAAUGUCAAACAGAGAUGUUACUGAACCUUAUUUUAAAGCUCCUGAGAGGGACUUUCAGGUGUUGUUGAGUUUGAUGUGCCCUUAGGACAAAGAGGUCUUUGCUGAUUUGGUCCUGUGAAUGUAGCCAUGGCCUCCUAAAACUGUUGGGGAUUUAGUGCCUUGCCCAAGCAAACAUUGACAGUACCCCUGAAAUAAACUCUUAUGCUCCCAGCCCAAUUUUCAAACACGGUCCCUACCAAGACUUGAACUUGCAUUGCUGCAGUUCCCAACUCAAGUUCCUGCAGACUGAGCUACAGCUGCUGCCCCUUCAAAUGUGGUGGUUUAGUUUUUUCCAGGUUCUUUCUUUUGCCCACUUUAUUUCACUGAAUUUGGUUGAAUUUAUCAAGUUUGUGUUUCAAGCUAAGGCAGUGUUUUACUUUUUCAAAGGGAUAAACAAAGAGGCCAUUACAGUUGGAGAUGAACAAUAAAAAUUGUCCUGACAUAACAUAUUGGAAUCAUGCACACAGCUGUACAGUUUCAGUUAAAGCUCCUUUGGAAGAACUCUAGAUUGUUGACUUUGGCGCUUCCAGUGGCACUAAAGGGGUACAUCUCAUCUCUUUGCUGUUCUUGUCCUGGUCUUGUGGAAGUAAUUUAUUUAAAACAUCUAACAUGUCACUCUCAAUAGAUAGUUGGCAUCAAAUAUUCUUUAAUGUACCAUUGAUCACCUUGUCUGACACCUGCCCCUGGCAGCAUUUGCAAUCCUUUUAAAUAAUUUUAUAGAAACAAUCUAUCUCCUGACAAAAAAAUCUUCUUUGCUUUUAUAGGGUUGUGAAGAAACAUAAUUAAUAAUUUCAGUCUUUUCAUAACCAGAUUAAAGGUCCUUACACACUGGGGCCGACACAAAUAUAGAACGUGAAAUCACGAAACUUUUGGAGGUGAAUUUUGUCACACCUGACUAUACACAUCAAGCCUGAUGCGAUUUUGCGACUUUCCCGAGGGGAAAAGACACGUCCCGGGGAAGACUUUUCUAGGAAAACGGGGAAGCUGGAAACGUCAUCACACGCUCAAGCCAAACAGUCAGCACUUCUAGCCAAUCAGAGGCUAAGGAGGGCAGGACCUUCCCUUAACAACCUACAGUGUCCCCAGUGGAAACAAGAGGACAAAAAUGGAGUCUACUUCAACUUCAAGUGAUGGCAAAUUGGUACUUCUUUUGCUUUCUCAAAAGAAAAAGAAACGUAGCACAUGGUUGCAUCCAAUAUUACAAAAAAGAAGAGAACUUGGUGAGUUUCACUGCGUGGUUCAGGAGCUGAAACUGUACCAUGGUCACUGAUUGUUUUCGUUUCUGAUUAAAUGCUAGUGUUGAGAUGGCUUUCUGUCAUGAUAGCAAAUACUGAGUCGGGGCCAGUACCAGAUAAGCUCAUGAAACUAUGGUAACAACCGUUAGCUUACGUUAGCACAGAUGAAAGUUAAAACAAAUACGUUUAGCAAACUGUUAAAGCACACAAACCAUCGUCAUAUGAGAUAUCCGACACUAUGACUCUCCACAAGUUGUCCUUCAGGUCGUUAUCUUUAUAAUGUUUGUGCCUUUUGUCAAAAAGCACACAAAAACGAUCAGCCGGCUGGAUAUGUUGGAUAUGUUGAGUAUACCAGUGAAUCAGACGUCACAACAACAUGCCAUCUGAUUGGUCAGAAGUCACACAGAAUGCGAAACUUUAGAAAAAUCGACCAUGAUCCAAAAAAAUAAAUGCUGCAAUAUCGCAGGAUGGGAAAAUGUCGCUGAUGUGAACGCUUGUAUUGACAGGAUAUGGGUUCGAAAAAAAAAAAUCAAGUCCGAAAUAAUCGCACAACAAAAACGGUCCUGGUGUGAAAGGACCUUAAAACAGCUAACAGGAGUUUAAAGAAAAUACUUACAAUAAAAAAAUACAACAUAGAAGCACUGCAUAUUAAAUAUAGAGUAUAUGGCCUGUUUGUUUUUUUUUAAUGUUUGUUCAGGAAUAUGCAUGAUAACGCAUUAUCAUGCGAACCAUUAUUAGUUCCUGGAGACAAAUCUGCCUCUGCUGUCUCUGUUGUUGUUGUGGUUUGAACACAUACAUGAGUGUUUUUGCUCCGGAUCAAUUAUUCAAAUACAGAUACAUACAAUAUGAUGUGAAGUUUAUCUUGGUUAGUCCAGCUUUGGAUCUGUUUUCGGACUGCUACUCACUGCCGGGUUUUACUGUAAAGUGCAGCUCUGAGGGUCUUUAAUCAGUGAAGUCUAAUUUAUGGGCUGCUGCCUCCUUAAUAAAUCAUUAUGAGCAGUAAGGACAAAGGAGAGUAGCAGAGAGAUGAACAGCUGAAACAAAAGAGACAAACUGCUGCCGUCAUUGUUUUUUGUUCCUGCACAGGUACAUUUUAUGUUUUAGACUGAGAGGAAAUUUGAGAGCUGUGAGGACACACUCCGCUUUCCCUCAGAGACGUGCUGUAUUUUCACGCUACACUAGCCGGGGCGCUGCUCACUUCUCCUUCUGUGAAAAACAAUGAAGGAGAGUGAUGCAUGCAUAAAAUGUUUCUCUAAUAACCUUGUUCCCAGAACACAAGCACAUUGACCGGCCCGAACCUUUUUUCUAAUGGCUUGUAGUGUGCAGAGUAAACGUGCUGCAGAUUUGUUGCAAUUCCAGCAGGAAGGUCUGGAAGGUUUAAUGUCCUGAAAAGAUGAGGACAGUGGUAGGAAAGUGGAUCCAAAUGAGAUGCUGCUUUGUCAGAAAUGUAAUGACGGUAAUGUUCUGCAAUCAGACACAACACUUUACAUACUACACAGUGAUCUUGAAGUUAUUAUCAUGUUGAUUAUGAUGUUUUUGUUUUAAAGAGGACUAAAGAGGAUAAUAAUAAUAAUAAUAAUAAUAAUAAUAAUAAUAAUAAUAAUAAUAAUAAUAAUAAUAAUAAUAGCUUUAACCUUAUAUUAUUAUUAUUAUUAGUAGUAGUAGUAGUAGUAGUAGUAGUAGUAGUAGUAGUAAUCGAUUGUUAAAAAAAUGUCGUUUUACAUUGUGUUUCUGGCAGAAGGCACUUUAAGGCUGUAGUUUAUUUAAAAUUGUUUUAACUUAAGUUUCUUGUGCAGGCAGAAUUUACUGCUACUGUACUUUGAUGGCCAUGUUUACAGUACUUACAUUUCCCUAUUAAAUCUGUUUUAAAUAACUGUUUAUCUCUCAUUUUCAUCUUUUUUCUGAAACUAAUUAAUUUGCUGAACUGCUGAUACACAAAUAACAUUACUGAUUCUGCUGUUGGAUUAAGACUAAUGAUGAUGAAGGUAAGACCACCAGUGUUACUGCUGAAAGAGCGGCUCUGUUUACCAGCAACUUCUGUUGUCAUAGUAACAGGCAGAGAGUCUUCAAUUACCAGGAUCCCUGUCCACAGUAAUUUAGGUAAAAACAGUAACAUUUUGUCAAAUUUAGGGCAUGACAAGACAAAGGUGGAGCGAGAUGUCGCUUCACAAACCUUACAAACAAAUGCAGCUGAUCUGAUUACACAUCUUUAUAUACAUUUCUAAUGAAGUUUAAAGCCAUGAGUAAUUUAAAUCACCAUCUCUGUGACAGAUACAUCUUUGGACAACGGAUUUUCACAGUGAACACUUGUUUAUAAUUAUUUUAUUUUUUAAUUUUGAUUGCAUUUAGAUUGUUUUAUUUUCUGUUUAAUAAAAACCUCUUAUUUUGAAAUAAAGUAUAGGCUACUACUGGCCUAUAGUAGUUACACAAACAAAUGGUAAAACAUCAAUUAUGGGCAAUAAGCUCCUUCAUUUUCAUCUUUAACUUAGAUCAAUGAUCAAUGAUGAAAAAUAGCGUUGGACUAGUUUUCUGAGGACUCCUAGAGCAAGCUGGUUGUUGGCUUUGUGCCAUCUGUGUCUUCCUGGUCUUUACUGCAGUAGGUGGAAUCCAGCAGAAAAAAAAAGUUCUGUUUCCCACUAUUAGAGACUGAUGAUUAAUCGAUCAACAGAUUAUUCGAGUCAGUUAAUGGCAAUUUGACAUAAUCAGCAUCACAGUGGUAUUGGCCCUCACAAGGCUUAUGUUGCCAAUGUCAUUUCUAAAUUUCCAUCGUGUAUAUCAGCAUUCAAAAUCUUAAAUAGUUAGUAGGUAGUGGUUAAUAUACAUUCUGUUAUGACGGAUAUAGUUUUAUUUUAUUGCCUCUGACAUAUAUACCAGUUAUUUUCUACAAUCUAUAGGAUAACCCAAUAUUGUCUUUUUUCAAGAAAUAAUUAAAACUCCAUCUAAUAUCACAAUGGUUUAAUGUACUGUGCAUGAGCCGUCCUGUUCUCUUGUUAUCAGCAUUUGCACAUGUCACUGAAAAACUGACAACCCACUGUGAACCAAUUAGUUACCAAACAUUACAUUAUGCUUAUUUUAGCACAAAAUCAAUAUUAUUUUUAAGGAUGUUAUUGCCAGUUUUAUAACAAACAAGAAUCAGACCCAUCAAAUUCAAGCCCUUCGUCCAUGAUCAGACACUCUUCUUGCAUUCUUUAUACAGGCACCUGAUAUUUUGCUAAUACGUCUAAUCACUCCCAUACUUGCUGAGCUCUAAAAAUGCAGUAUUUUAAACUUGAUUCAGUGGUUUGUACUGUUACAUAUUCAUAAAAUAAUUUCCAAAAUAUGCAACAGUAGAACUUUGGCUGAGUUGUUGAAGCAUGUUUUCCUGCUCUGAGGUGAUGUAUUUAUGGGUGGAGGAGCAGGGUAGGAGGAGGAGAGUAAGCGCGUCAGGUCAAAGCAAACAUUUUAGUUCCCCUGACCUCCAGUUUACAGAAAGAGGACAACAUGAUGACGCAUCGAUGCACCAUGGAGACGAGUAGCAAGAGUGUGUGGGCUGUGGGAGAGCAGCAGGGGUCUUAAAAACCAUCACCAAAGACUCACUGCAGGCUGAUGGAGCUUUUAGUCAUCUCUAAUUGGAUUACACAACAAUUUAAAGAAACCUCAUUGGCUCUGGUGACUCACUGAUUUAUGGCUGUAAGACUUACUGCAGGACGAGUGUUGAUCCUUUUGUACCUUCAGUUUAAAGCAGAGCUAAGGUGAAUGUUCCUUCAGCCAAAAACAGGGUUAAUGUGCCUGUGUGUGUGUGUGUGUGUGUGUGUGUGUGUGUGUGUGUGUGUGUGUGUGUGUGUGUGUGUGUGUGUGUGUGCGUGUGUGUGUGUGUGUGUGUGUGUGUGUGUGCUGUCAGUUUAAAGAAGGCUUAAGGUGAGCGUACCGCAUGGUGUACAGCAGAGUCCCAUCAUCCUGCAGCCGCAGCAGCUUGUUCGGUGUGGUCAUAUUGUGUGCGAUGGAUUUCUUCCCGUUGAGGAAGAAGGUGUCCGGAGUCCAGAUGUUGCUGGCCAGCAGGUUAUUUAGGGCGAGUGUCUCCAUUGGGCCUUUGAAGCAAAGCCGUUCGUCUUUCCAGCUUUGGCGGAAGAAUACAUCAAUGGUAUACUCCUAUAGAGGAAAUGAUAUAGAAAUUAAAUCAAAAUACACGGUAAAUCAUUCUGAACAUGAUCUCUAUCCAUCAGAGUUUAGUACUCGCCUGGAGUUACUCCUGCAAUCAAGGACAGUGUUUAGGUUUUACUCAACAGCUGAUAUGAGGAGGAAAUUACCUUCUCAAAGCUAUUCAUGCAGUUUAAAGAAGAUUCUGGCAUUCACACAUUUUCUAAUCUUAGAUUUGUUUUUUAUAAAUGGAGGAAAUCUACACACACUGAAGAGCAUGCUUAUUCACCCCCAAAAAAGCCAGAUCUUACCAAGUCUAUUCAGGUUAUGUCAGAAGAAUCUCAUUACACUUUAUAUGAUUAACAUUGACCUGAAAGUUUGGAUUCAGAUAGUUUAUCAAGACAUUACAAGCAAAAAAUAAGAAAUUGAUUGAAUGUAUUCAGUAAAACAGGCUGUCAAUGCAGUGCGAGUUAAAUGUGACUGUAUGGGAAGUGUCCUCUUACCAUUUCAGUGUCAGAAACUGGACCAAAGCUUGUGACAAAGAUGUUGGUUUUAAUUUCUGUCACCUUUUCUGAAAUAAUAGAGAAAAUAUAUUGUGAGCCUUGACAGUACAGUCGAUCCAUAUAUAGAAUAGAAUAGAAUAGAAUAUUCCUUUAUUAUGGGGGAAUUUUUUUUUUUUGCCACAGCAGCAUCACAGACAAAGAAAGUGCAAAAAUGCAGUUAUAAAAAUAAAGCUCGUAGUAUUAAGAACUUAAACCAAUGUUGUAAUUAAGAAAAAAUUUAAUGUAUAUACACACUCACAUAUAUAUAUACACUCACCGGCCACUUUAUUAGGUACACCUGUCCAACUGCUCGUUAACACUUAAUUUCUAAUCAGCCAAUCACAUGGCGGCAACUUAGUGCAUUUAGGCAUGUAGACAUGGUCAAGACAAUCUCCUGCAGUUCAAACCGAGCAUCAGUAUGGGGAAGAAAGGUGAUUUGAGUGACUUUGAACGUGGCAUGGUUGUUGGUGCCAGAAGGGCUGGUCUGAGUAUUUCAGAAACUGCUGAUCUACUGGGAUUUUCACGCACAACCAUCUCUAGGGUUUACAGAGAAUGGUCCGAAAAAGAAAAAAUAUCCAGUGAGCGGCAGUUCUGUGGGCGGAAAUGCCUUGUUGAUGCCAGAGGUCAGAGGAGAAUGGCCAGACUGGUUCGAGCUGAUAGAAAGGCAACAGUGACUCAAAUAACCACCCGUUACAACCAAGGUAGGCAGAAGAGCAUCUCUGAACGCACAGUACGUCGAACUUUGAGGCAGAUGGGCUACAGCAGCAGAACACCACACCGGGUGCCACUCCUUUCAGCUAAGAACAGGAAACUGAGGCUACAAUUUGCACAAGCUCAUCGAAAUUGGACAAUAGAAGAUUGGAAAAACGUUGCCUGGUCUGAUGAGUCUCGAUUUCUGCUGCGACAUUCGGAUGGUAGGGUCAGAAUUUGGCGUCAACAACAUGAAAGCAUGGAUCCAUCCUGCCUUGUAUCAACGGUUCAGGCUGGUGGUGGUGGUGUCAUGGUGUGGGGAAUAUUUUCUUGGCACUCUUUGGGCCCCUUGGUACCAAUUGAGCAUCGUUGCAACGCCACAGCCUACCUGAGUAUUGUUGCUGACCAUGUCCAUCCCUUUAUGACCACAAUGAACCCAACUUCUGAUGGCUACUUUCAGCAGGAUAAUGCGCCAUGUCAUAAAGCUGGAAUCAUCUCAGACUGGUUUCUUGAACAUGACAAUGAGUUCACUGUACUCAAAUGGCCUCCACAGUCACCAGAUCUCAAUCCAAUAGAGCAUCUUUGGGAUGUGGUGGAACGGGAGAUUCGCAUCAUGGAUGUGCAGCCGACAAAUCUGCGGCAACUGUGUGAUGCCAUCAUGUCAAUAUGGACCAAGCUCUCUGAGGAAUGCUUCCAGCACCUUGUUGAAUCUAUGCCACGAAGAAUUGAGGCAGUUCUGAAGGCAAAAGGGGGUCCAACCCGUUACUAGCAUGGUGUACCUAAUAAAGUGGCCGGUGAGUGUAUAUAUAAACGGAACCUAAAAUAUAGCAAGACCCUGCUGUCAAGUGUUUCACUCAUGUGGUUAAAGAUGGGAUGGGAGUGGGUCUGAUCUUACAAGAUUGGGUUCAUUUGUAUCUCAUCUUAAUAUUGGGGGCUCUAUUUUCGUGCCUUGCUGGAGACAUGCCGCAGGUGCGGCGUAAGUCAGGUCCGCCGCGCCAACAAGGUGUUCCCAAGCACAAUUUGGUAUUGUAGUGAGCAUUGCAGCCCGGCGUAAGUAUCCCCCCUCCCUAACUCAGCUCCUCCCAGCGGCGUAAGUCGUAGCAUGGUCGUGGUGUGUGUAAUGUUGGACCCACCGGUAAGACAAACACCCUUUUCCACAAAUAAAGACACUCACAUCAAGUUGCAUAUAUUCAAACCUCACGUGACAAAGGUGGGUUGAGCGCACAGAUCACAACAUAAACUCCAAUAAUGGCAUUAAAAUCAGAACCAUCUGUGCGUAAAUGACGCAUCGCGCUCCGUGGCCUGGCUCUUUCUUUCAUAGAUGUUGGCAUAUCAAAUAAAUUUGGCUCACAAAACUGAAUAUUAUAAUAUCCGUAUGUCGGCUUAAAGUAGAUAACUCAUCUGAGCACUGAAACAAAUCAUCUGUUCAGCCGCUGCAGGACGGAGAGAGGACACGGAGACAUGUCCAGGUCGAGCUGCACGAGAAAUAAGAGGAAGAAGGAAAAGGAGGGAGACGAAUUACAUAUGUAGUUAACUUCAUCAUGUGUGUUUAUUUACUAGAUAUUUAAUUUAAUUUAAUGCGGUUUCAGCUGUGUGGAUUCGGUCAGGUUGUGUGUCCAAACCCGUGCUAAACGCGCUCAUCAGAUCAGAUAUAGAUCAGAAUAUAUCCAUAGAUCUAAAUGUAUGUGCUGACUCAGAUUAAUAGUUGAUGAUGAUUAUUUAUUGCACUGAAAUGUGCCUGACACUGUGGAAACCCGCUGGUGAGGCAUCAGUGACGUAUGUCGAUACGCCGCCGGUCUACCAAAAUACCACCAGACCAGCUGCGUUCCGCCUGCGCUGAAAGCUGACCAGGUUUGAAUCGGCGAGCUUUCAGUGCACUUAAUAUGCCACUUGCAAGUUAAAAAAUGUCACUGCGCCUGCUGAUUCUGUCGACACCUCCCCCUGCCACGCCACCAUGCCCAGCUCGGCGGAUCUCGGUUCGCCUCUGUGCGCCUCAGUCCAUAAAAAUACUAAACUGGCUGUACGCCGGGCUCCGCCAGACGAAAAUACAACUGCGCGGGGUCCGCCACCCUCCGCCACCUCACCGGCGUACACGAAAAUAGAGCCCUGGGUCUUUGUAAAUAGAGUAUAGCCUGGACCAGCUGUUUUAUUAAGCAUCUUGAGGUAACACUUGGCGUGAAUUGAUGCUUUGUAAAUGAAGAUUGGUUGAUCGAUUGUACAUAGUUUUGUUCUCUUACAAACAGAAACUGAGAGAAAAUUUUCUUUUUUUACAUCCCAAAGACGCUCAUCAGGAAAAUGAUUAUUUUAACACCUCUAAGAAUUACGGUGGGGGUGGGGGGUGGGGGGGGGUGGGGGGUGGGGGGCUGAACACAACAGAGAGUAAGUGUAAUAAGAACACUAAAUGAUAAAAAAGAAGAUAUGAGCAAAAAAUAAAAAAAAUAAUUUUAUUAAGUUUAUUUAGACCCUAUAGAGCAGACCCCAGGAUUUUACAUCAUGUCCUAAACAGCCCGAAGCUUAAACAGGGUGAAACAUCUGCAAAUCAAAGCGAUACAGCGCAGUGUUUUUACUUCUUUCAGGCCACACAGAGUUCAUCAAGCAUAAUCUUUACUGUUUGUUAAUCUGUAUGAUUUCAUCAGACACUGCAGUGCUAAAGAAGUCUCAAAAAGUAACCUCUUUCCACCUCUGUCUUCUUUCAUUUCCUCUCCCUGAUGAGAAGUUUUGAGUCUGCCUGGCUGCGGCCUGUAUCAGCUGAGAACAAUGGACCCGGCUGUUUAAUGUCAGGAAUAAUGGCUUUCUCAAGGUCACACUGGCUCACUGUGUGCCUCAGGGUGUGUUCACGGUGCCAUUAAAUCACACUUAGAGGGGCCGUAAACAGCUGAUCAUGUCUCUUUGUCAGAGACCUGCUGAACAGAGACACAUUUGUCCUGUCUGGAAUGAGCAGAAGACAGAUGUUGCAGAGCGGAGGAUUGUUUUCAGUGAGGACUGAAGGGCUGUAAUCUGUCACGCUGCGCUGUCGAUACACACAGUUUUUCUUUCAUCUUUAUCCAAAAGCACACGGCUCUCUGUGUUUGUGUUAUCAGAAAAAAUAGAGAUGCAAACAAAGAGCUUUUCAUAGAUCUCAUCUAUGAAAUCUGUGUGUUUUGUUUCAAAUAUAGUAGAGGGGUUGAAAAUGUACCUCCCAGCCCAGGGCGGAGUCUGUUGUCGUAUCCAUCCAGCAGUCCAUCCAGGAUGCGUGUGAAGAUGGUGAUGUUGUCGUUUAAUUCUGCCUCUUUGGGAGUUCCAGUUACCUCCUGGGAGAGGCUGGAAAUAGAACUGCAUUUUAAUCUCUGCUUUCAGAAAAAAUGAGCAAGAAAGACAAAAUAAAAUCUUCAAAUGGUGUCAUGAAAAUAAUUAAAAGUGUUGUUGAAAGGCUAAAUUUUGGUUAUACAAGCAAACUUGACAAUCAGUUGAUGUUUACUAUGGAGGUGUGAGAUCCAGAUUGUGGCUUUGUGUUGUGCUGCAAACUUCCAGGAGUCAGUUCCUCACCUCAGACGGCAGGUGAUGCUCACAAGCAGGACACAGACCCACAGACGGCUCAUUGCAAAGCUGUAACCCAUUCCAUCGCCCAUUCCUGAAAUGACACAUCCUCAGUGUUAAAAAAAAUCAACAAUAACUCACCAGCCUUGUUGACUGGCUGCUGAAAUGAAGGCUGCAGUAAUAGAAUCUAAUUUUAGAACUGUGGUCCUUCUUACAAAGCCUUGCUUAUUCCAGCAGUGUAUAUUUGUCCACCAUGGAAACUAACAGAUUCCCAUAUAAAAACACAUAUACCAGUAUUUUAUAUAUGAAUCCACUCUGAUGCAAUCAGUUUUCAGCAAGUAUGAACACACAGCUUGUCAGAUUUUACUCCCAUCACAUGAAUUUGGAUAUAAAAGAUUCAAUAGCUCAUAAUCAGACUCCAAAAUGUUUUACUCCUGCAUCAAAUCAGCCAAUCCAGACCCACAAUGACCAAUGCAGCAACCUCUACACAUCACUGUACGCCGACAGCUGCAUUCUGACAUUCUCAACACUACUUAACAACAUCUGUAGACCUGCAUAUCUUUGAAAGUAUUUCAAUAAUGCAAAGGUCCUCUUUAACCUGCAAACAUGUGAUCUUUCUUUGCUGAAUUGUCCUCUGAAGUCCACCCUGCAAGAGUCUCUUCUGUAUGAGCAUAAAGGUUUAACGUGAUGAGUUCAUCUUUAAGGCACACAUUUAAUACAAAAGCACACAGUCCAGGUCCAGGUCCACACAGACAAAUAUUGCAGCAACUUCCAUGCAAACUAAUGUGUCUGUGGGUGGGUUCUUCAAAAAGACACCUAAGACCUGCAGAUAUCACAAGUUCCUCUUCCUUUGAGCUUGAGACUUGUAAAUGUGUCCAUUCCUUUUUGGACCCCCCUGUCAGCAGAUGUUUGCAGAUGUCUAAUGAAAUCAAGAUCCCAUCUUUGUCUGUUCUGUGUUAGAGCAUCUUCUAGUGAGAAAUUCUUUUAUAAAUCUUUGAAGGAGCAAAGUGAGGAGUUAAACUUAAAGUUGUACAGACGCGCAAACUAGCAUCGCUGAAGGAAUUCAAGGGUCUCAAUGCUAAAUGCAAAAGAAAAAAGGCCUCAAAUAUGCUUCAAAUGCUAGUUACCACCCUAUAUUGAAGUUUGGAGGACAAAAGUAACAUGAAACAGUCAGUCAGAGGUAGACAUGUUUACAGGCAAUUAGACAGACUGGAAAGAGGGUGUGUCCUCCAGUUUAAAUCAUGUGAAAACAUAAAGAGUAAACUCCAGACGUUCAGAGGUGUUUUGAAACUUAUCCUGUUUGUUGUCUACUUUUCUACUAUCUGCAAAUAAACCAAAAUUAACUAAAUUUUCUGUCCUACAGAGGAAAAUGCAAUGAAAACUGUGCAAGAUGUGCCAGCUAAGAGGGGAAACACCACAAAUGCCAACAUUCCAACAUUUGGAAUAAUGUCACACCUGUCAUCAAACUGUCACAGGAGUGUUUUUCAGCACAUAGUUGCAUACUUUAGUGAAAGGAAAUACAUUAUUUUAAAGAAGCACUGUAAAAUAUGAGGGAUUCAAGAUUAGACUCUUAUAAGAGUAUUUCACCUCAGAUGAGAGGUAAACUACUGUCUGGUUUAAUCAACUUUCACUUCUACAGUCAGCCUCAAAACAGGAGUCACCUGAUCACCUGAUAUGAAAGAGUUUUAUUGUGAUAAAACUUUUGGCCAUAUUGACAGGUCUCAUUAGAUGUCGACAGCAUUAAAAGUAGAUCUCCAGACUUGAAAACUUGUACUCAUCCAAAACUGAACCUGUCAUUAAGCCAACCUUCUCCACUACAAAAUCUUUAAACCUUAAAGCUGUGAAAUGAGAAUUAUUCUAUUCAGAGCACAAAAAAAUUCAUACAGGCAAAUCCAAAGUUGCUAUAACCAUUCCUGAGACCUUUGUACACCUUACUGUACCCACAGUUCCAUUCUAACUUCGCCAUCACUUAAAGUAUUCUGCAAGACCUGCAGAUAAUCUGGAAACAAAUACAAUGUUUUCACUUCUUGGCUCUUUGAACUCGAAAUAUGUGUCUACUGUUUGCUAAAACAUCUCCUAGAGUCAUCACUAAAUCCCCAAAAAAGAGCACAAAUGCAACGUCACUGUCGCAUAUCAACCCACAGAGCUGAAUAAUAUCAUCAGCAUUCAUGCAGAUAUUCACAGACAUGUGAAAAGUGAAAAGUUUCUUUGUAGACAUGUUCCUCCUUUCAUGGGCACUCCCCCCUCAAGCCUCACACUGUGUGAACCUUGUCUGCAAAAUUGUGUCGUUCUUGAUACUAACAUUUGAAACACUUGCAUAUUUAAAAAUGUCUCAAUGACCUAAAAUCAAUCUCUUUUAGAUCCCACACUAGCUAACAUGUGCUUUGUAGCUGAACAAUCUUUCUGAUAGAGCCUUUUAAAGGGAACUUUGAAGGUGGCGUGAAAAUGUAGAGCACAAAAGCUACAUUACAGAAGCAAGAUUUUGAGCCACAAUGCCCACUGCAGCAACAUCAACGCACUUCAAUUUAAGCACAGUCCCAUUCUACCUUUCUCAACAUUAGAGGACAACAUCUGGGCCUGCAGAUGUUUGCAAAUAUUUAAAUUGCUGAAUUUUGAUUUGUGGGCUUGAACAACACAUUUCUAGUCCUGAUUGGAAAAUGAAAGCUCACUCAUUUUCACUUUAAGUGUGACUGUGUUUGGGAUUUAAAUCUCAAUUGCUCCAUCACAGAAACAAAUCAAGGGCCACAGUACCCAAUGCAGCAACAUCCACACACCAAAAAAUGUGUAUUCAGGUUCAUUCUGCUUUUCUCAACACCACAGCUCAACAUCUAGGACCUGCAUGUUUGCAGCUGUCUAAAUAAUCCAAAAAAUCUCUCUCUCAGACCCCCACACUUGUAAAUACGUGUCUUUUCUUUUCUAGAACAUCUACACCCACACAGCUCCCUGCACAAGCCUCUAUUGUAGAGGUGCUAGAGUAAUGUUGCACAAAUGCUACGUCUCAGAAGCAAACUCAGGCUCAUGAUGCCAGAUGCAAGAACCCGUACACACCUUAAAGCACAAUUUCAUUCUGUUUUAUUUAUCACAUGCCAACAUCCCUGACCUGCAGAUAUUAGAGGAGUGCAAAGUUUCUCUUUCUAGCCCUGCAAACAUCCCACUAUCAUCUGCCUACUCCACCCAUCUCGGGAGCUUUGGGUAGAAGAGUUGAGAUGCAAAGUGUGUCAUUAAUUUUUCUCAGGUGUACAAAUGCUUCAGAUUCAAAAUACGCAGAUACAAAUCAAGGGUCUACGUGUCCAAUGCAGCAACCUCCAGCCCAACAUCUGAACAAUGUGCAGAUGUUAGCUGAUGUUUAUUUGUGCCAAACCUCUAACUUGUAUCCAUUCUUUCAUUAUUGCUGAAUCCUCUCCCACACACACAGCCCACUGCAAGAGCCUCUUUUGUAGAAGUUGAUGAGCUGUGACAGAAAACAAGCUGAUCUGUGCUGGAUAUGGAGUCAGGGCUAAAGGUGUGAAAUGCCUCUACCUGUGUAACUCAGCUACACCAAUUUCCAAGACUUGUAAUCCGGCAAUCCUUCCUGCACCGCAGCAAGACCCAUCAGUAAACCCCUAUAGGAUUUCGGCUGUGACUGUACGCACCCUGCACCGCAUCCCCCUCAUUCACGACUCACUUAUGCACCCACAUCCCUGCACAGUCGAGCCGCUUGGUUCCCCAUAAAGACUGAACACCCCGUUUUCUCCUCCAACAUCCUCACAGCCGCGGUUUUCCGGAGUCUACAGCCUCUAGGAUGUGCAGUUCGUCCAGCACUAGAAUCCGCACACCUCGGUUAUACAGUACAGUAGAAUGUUCGCCACACAAUGCCCACACAUCACACUACAUCUCCCACUGUACUCUGGCCUAUUAUAACAGCGCUGCUGCUGCUGCACAGGCUGAGCCGCAGCUGCCAGAGCUUACCACAGAAGACGAUGCGCAGUCAAACUUCUCCGCAGAUUCCUUACGCGCAGAUUGCACUUGUUUACUAUUUGGCAUCAAUUCUGCAGAGCGUCACCUCCAUCUGCGCGCGGUCAUUGCAUAUCAGAGGGAGAAAAAAGAAGGGGAGGUGAACAAAUUUCUCAGUCAGCGCGGUUUAUUUGGCCCCGGAGCGAUUAGAAGGUUGGCACCGGGAGGAGAAAAGCGUCCCAGCACUUGUGCUGACCGACCAUCCUUUACAGUGUGGUCUCCGAGGAACGGGAGCACACAGCCAGCUCUGCACAAAAUCCACCAAACACUGUAUCCAGAGGCGAGGGACGAUGCGAAUAGAGUUUAGUGCGAAGUGGAGAAGAGAAGAGACGAAGCGUGUAGUGCGGAGAGGAGAGGAGAGCGGGAGGGGAGGAUGUGUGGAGGAGAGAUGCUGGAGAAAGAGAGAGAGAGAGAGAGAGAGAGAGAGAGAGAGAGAGAGAGAGAGAGAGAGAGAGAGAGAUGAGGAGGCAGAUAGCAGAGGGGGCGACUAAGAGAAAGUAGUAACAAUGAGAGCCAAAAGAGGGACCUCUGCAGCCUUUUUAGAUCUUUAGUAACCACCUACUGAUCUUAAAUCAAUCAAAUGUAGGGCACAACCUACCUCUGUAUUAAUUUUGGGGAUUUUUUCAACACACUUGGGCUUCAUAGGAUCAAUAUUCAUUGCUGCAGUGUUCCCGUAAUAGUCCUUUGGGGUCCUACUGCUGGUUUGAACAGAGUUUUAGUGUUAUUCAGUGUUAUCAUGCAGUGAUAAUGUGUGAACUUAAGUGCCAAACUGCUGUGGUAUGCUUUAAAGCUCCUGUGAGUGUAUUUUCUUAUGUUUAUGAAACAGACUGAAAUUCAUACUGAGGCCUUUUUAUAACAUGUAAACAAACUAACAUUUGACCACCAAAAGUAAGCAGAAAGAGAUUGUUCUGCCUGAUGACACUACUUGAGCAUGGGAAAGACAGGAAAAGCAAACACUACUUUGUCCACAGGGGGCGCCACAGUUGAUGCAUAUUUAAAGUUCCAUGAAAAAGCUUUAAUAAGUAUUGUUAAAUAUAACUUUAAGAAUUGAUACAUGACUGAAAAAUGACUCCACUGCAAUUAUGAGUCUGCAGCCCAAACUAUGUUUGGGUAAUCAUCAAAAGAUGGGCCAACCAAAGUAAAAAAGAAGGAAAUGUAAAAAUAUUCCCAGAGAGGAUGUUCGGAGGUAACUAAUUUCCUCGUCAGUAAAACAGAAAUUUAGACCAAUUCAGACCAAUCACCUGGUCUAGAGGAAAGAAAACACGAAAAACAGUCAAACAUGAGCACAGUUUAUUUAACGCUGCUAAAUAUGGGAUCACUGAGUCAGCCUGUACACAACAUUACAUAGGCUUGACAUUGUUCAGAGUGGCUAUCAUCAGCAGAGCUAGCACCACCAAUCAACAGACCCCAUGUUAACAGAUCCAAUGUUAACAGACCCCGUAGGUUAGUGUCCACUUGUCUAUGCUGGUUGAUGUUGCUCUGAUUUACAUAUGUCUAACCGAAUACAACUUUAUCUCCCUAUUCUAGGUCAAAAUAUGGGCAAAUUACACCACAUUAUGGUAUACCAUCCUCUUACCUGUAGUAGAGCAUUCAGACAUUAUGGCACCUACAAUACGUAGGAAACUGGUAAAAUCAGACACAGCAUAAAAAUAAGGAUCUAGGGUGGAGGCGGGUUGCAAAUGGUUUGCAGAGGCAGCAGGAAGAGAAGGCAUCUUUAAUUGGAAUAGAAGGUAAUCGGCUGAACUGAGCUGAUAUAGACAGGAGCUAAGAUCAGCUGGUAUACUAUGAGCUGAGCUGGACUUUAUGGCCUACUUGAAAAAUUCCAAUCCUCAAUUUUUGUGAGGCUGAUACACAGAAAGUCUCAUCUCUUGUGUAGAUGCAUGCUGCUGCAGUCUGUUGUGGGUCUGACUGAAGUAGGGCAACAACCUUGAAAAAAAACAACAGAGUCCUGAUUUCUGUGUUGAAUAGUCCAGGAUGCAGCAAGAGACAGUGUGUCAGACACGUCUGCCAGCAGAACAAAUUAAACUCUGAGCUGUGUUUCAUCGCUCUGCAUUUAUCUCCACCAGGAUCAGGGUCAACUACAACUCAUCCAGUCAUACAGAGGGGGUUUCUUUCACACUUAUCCACUAGAUCAAGUACAUGAUCUCUUUGUGAAGCUGCAGCAACGUAGUGAGUGUGGACCUUGUGGGGGAAGCCUUGUCUGUUGAAGGGGGGUUCAAAACUGGGAAAAUUAAAGUGAGCACUGUAUUUACACUCUUUUCCAUCUUUUUCUUGCAGGAAUGCUGUUGACGGGAACAAGAAGCUGUUCGCCAUCUAUGAUACGAGGUAAGAAUCACUCUCUGAUCAGUACUAUAAAGCAGUUGUAUUACUCCUUAAAUGUUGCAGAGGACCUCAACAGUUUGAUGUGUUAGGAAGAGUCCAGCUCAAGUACAUUUGGAUCCCUGCAGUGAUAUUGAACUCCUUCCAGUAUAGUCAAUAAAGCAAAAAAAAAAAAAAACACUCUGAGAAAAGAAAAUGCACCAUAUAGGGAUAUUUCAGUAUAUUUGAAGUAUGGGUAGCAUAUCGUUUGUAAGUGUAUCAGCCAGAAUGAAUGCUAAUCAGCUCAGCCCAUUUAUAAAGAAACUGCUAGAAGAGCCUGCACGCAUGCAAGGCCACAGUGUUCUGCAGACAGGACCAUGUCCACCACAUAAUUCAUACACGUUUGGAAGACUACAAUCCAGGCACUCUUCUAGGAUUGAGUGUUGGCUCAACUGAGGGACUUCACAGUGUUUUUUUUUUUUUUUCUUUUUUUUUUUGCAAUCAGAAAGCCUAUUUUAUUUUUGCACUGAUUGCAGACACAACACACAAAUGCCUUCUUUUGCCUAUGAUGAAACAUUCAGCAAAUCCGAUCAAUGAUAUAUGAGUCACUGAUUUACCAUGAAUUUAGACUUGGCCCUGUUGAUGGAGAACAGUAGCGUAGCUUGUGAACUGGUGCUAACAGCUGUUUCUCUGUUUUAGGACCAAAACUGUAUAUAAUAUUACUAAUGAGAAUAAAUUGCCUCUCUUGUUAAGAAGAGUUCCUCUUCCAACCUGCAUUAACUAAUUUUUCCACAAGAAAGGCUUUUAAAAGAGCCCACUGAUGGUGUUAGCUCUACAGUUUUACACCCAACUAAACAACCUCCUUAAGAACCCCCCCAUGCAGGCUGAUUUCCAUCAGCACCAGCAGGGUAACCUUUGAACUAUAAUUUGCAUCUCUGUCCGUAACACACAGUUGAGCAACACACAUAAUCUGUGUAUGUAUGUGUUCAAAAGAAACUUAAUGAUUUAGGCUUCUUCUCCUGCAGACUAUUUCUCAACAGCUCUGUUUUAUAAAUUGCUUACAGAUCACACAUACUUAUAGAUAUCCCAGUUUCUUGGAAAAUAAGACAGUUGGCUUUGAUUUUGUUUAGCUCAGUGAAACACUUGCUUUUCAUAAACUUGACUCCUGUGUUGAUUCUUCUAUUAGGACUAGCCAGCUAGUAGGGCUGGGCGAUAUGGCCUCAAAUCAAUAUCACAAUAUAUUGAGCAGUUCACCUUGAUAACGAUAAAUAAACGAUAACUACUCCACAAGCUGCUCACCCCCUCCCACAUUAACUUCAUCUACUUCAGGCGCCGCUCCGGACGCUACAACUUUUGAACCGUCCUCCAUCUCCUCACCUGUCUUUCCCUCUUUUUCAUGGACUGGAUAGGGUGGAGUCAUGUCUCUGAUGUCUGACAGCGUCUUAUAGGGACAUGAGACCAUAGCCUACCUACACAUAUCCAAAACUAACUUUCAUUUUAUACAUAUAUAUAUAUAUAUAUAUAUACAUAUACAUGGGCCAAAUGACAUUGGUUAUUGUCGUAAAUUUCAGUAGCUGUAAAUUUUCAGUUUAUCGCCCAGCCCCAUUAGCUAGACAAUUUCUUAGAAAGCAUGCAGCUUCUUUGACGAUUCAUCAGUAAUAUCAACCAUCAUUAUUUGUGAUGCCUUGCCUGAGUAGGGAAUGAGCAAAAGGGUUUAAUUUGGGCUAAAAAUAAAAAUAAAACAAUAAUUUUCUUUAAAUGAUCCAAAAUGAUGAGGGGCUGCACUUUCUGGUGUUAACUUCAAUGAACUCAGAAGCAGUUUGGCAGCUUGAGUUGCUCACUGCAUAAAACUUAACUACUUGUAAGCUUCAGCAAAAUAUAAUUAAACUACCAGAUUAAUAACCUUAAGUCUACUCCCCUCCAAUGCACACAAGAGCCUGUUAAUCAUCAUCACCUCAUUGAACUCCUGCUCUAUCUGACAUGAUCAAUCCAGCACAGUCCAUUAAAUAUGCUCCACAGUCCGUCACGUGGACUUUAUGACCAGAACAGGCUCGGGCACUCUGUCAUAACUCAAAACUCAGGGUUAUCUUCAGUUUGGACUCUGAGACAGAUGGGGUGACCACACACUUUUAAUUAGGAGCCUCCGAGAAAAGGACCUGUGGAUUUUAAAGUGCAACCACGGAUAUUUGAGAAACACUCACCGAAGGAUCGAGGUCUGGAGCAGCCCGUGUGAGGCUCCCCGGCUCCGCUGCUUCAUCACGGGCAGCGAUGAACACGUCUGACAUCCCGGUUAAUGGUCCACCGCCCCUUGAAGCGUGUUGGCACAGCCGGAGGUAACGAUGGAAACAACGUGGAGGGAGAGGAGGAGGAAGACGUGGUUUUACCUAGUCUGGCGACGCUCGGAUGGGGUUUCUUCUUCGAGUCGUAACACCCACCCAGACUUCACAUCGGGGAUGUGGGGACCCCGGACGUCAGGGGUCUUGGAGUUUGUGUGUCUGCCGUUAGUGGUGGUUGUGGUGUGUUGUGCACAGAGGUGAGAGUCUGAGAGAUUAGACUCGGCUGACAGAGCUGGUUUCUAUUUUGAAAAGUUAACGUUGAUCUCUUUUCUCUGUUUCAGCGUCAACGAACCCGGCAACAUGUCUUACGUGAAAGACACUGUGGAUAAGUUAUUGAAAGGAUAUGACAUCCGUCUCCGACCGGACUUUGGAGGUAUGUUUGACCACAAGCUCUUUGACCUUUACGCACGGUGGCCCCAGAUGUCAACUGCACAACUAUUUCAUAGCAACUAAAAAAAAAAAAAAGUUUUAUGAUGUUUUUGCAUUUUAUUACUUUUGUUGUGUUUAAUGUAGUAUCCUUGGGUGUGAGAAAUAUAGGCAAGAUAGAUUGAACAAUUGAAAAAAUGAUAAAAUCUCAAUCUUAUAAAAUGCACAGGUAUUCCAAGACAUAAAAAAUGGUUGAAUUUUUUGCACAGCAUAAAAUUAUUUCUGGGAACAUUUUUACAUUUAAAAAAACCGUUUUCUUUUUGUAAUAAAUCUUUUGCACUUCAUGAUUUUGUUUUCAGACUCACAAAAAUAAUGUACAAUGCUCGAAAAUAAUUGAAUUAAUCAAUGAACACUUCUUACAAGACAAGCUAUUUAAUAAUAAUAUUACAUUUUGUGAACCUUUUUAUUCUAUGAAAUAUCAUAUUAUGAAAUAUUUUUCAGUGUCAUCAUAUGUGUGUGUGUGCCUGAUGAAACCUUUUUGGUAUUAUGUGAAAUUAUUUUUAUGUUAUGUUAUUUGUAUCAUGUAAUGUUUGUGCAGUUGACACCCUAAAGCUCCUCUUCCUGUGCAGGCUACUUUAAUUACUUCUUUCUUUCUUUAUCACUAGUUUAUAAUCCAAUAUUUUGCAUUGACAUUAUAUUCAACUUAAAUGUUUUGCUUGGUCUCAUAUUUCUUUAAUGCACAUGGUUCCUUGAUUUCCUGUUUCCAAACCUGUAAAGCACUUAAAUUAAUCUUGUCUGAAUUGUACCUUGUGAAUAACUUUUUUUUUCUUUUUUUUUUUUUUUUUUGCCUUUUGUCAUAGUUGUCUUUGUAGGCUCAUACAAGGAAUAUGACUCCAGUUUUACAUAAUUCACUCAAAAGAGGGACAAGGAAGCACAGACCCUGACAGAUAAACUAUAAAAUAAAAAUUUAUAUAAACAAUCCUGUUAUACAUAGAUUAUUAAAAAACACUUGAAAAAAGAUACAGGAGUCAAUGUAACAGCGUGCAAGUGCUGUGAUUGAUCAGGUUGUUAUAGAUUAAAGAGGUAAAUGGUUGUAGUAUUAAUAGUAUAUGCAGAAGACAUGAAGCUUAACUUGAAUUUUAUUUUUCUUUUGUGCCUUUUUAGGUCGACCGGUUGCUGUCGGUAUGAGUAUAGAUGUGGCGAGUAUAGACAUGGUGUCAGAGGUCAAUAUGGUAAGUUUGAUUCAAGUUCUUCAUAGUGUAGUGGUGUUAUAAAUUAUUCACCACAUAUCGAGCCUGCUGUCUCAUUUGGAGGACUUUAUUCACCAAAAACUAGUGGACCAUUUUCUUAUAAGAAGCCCUUUAUGGUGGGUAUGCUCUUAACAGAUGUAUGAAGUCAGAAGAGUCUACUCAGGCCACAUUCUUGUUCCCUGCAGUCAUAUAAAAGGAGUAGUAAAAAUAUUAUGCCAAAUCCCAACCCCUUAGACUGGGCAUCAGAAUAGAAUUGUUUUUCUUUUAAAAUCUCAGAGAUGCUUGACUCUAUUGAUUAAAGUUUUUAUGACUUUGUCAACUGUUUUUAAUUAAUGCGUCUUUGAAAAGUGUUGUUAAAUCUGGAAGAUGACAGCAAAAGGGCUUCCAGAUUUUUGUCAUUAAUAAAACAAUCAGUGCCACAGGCUGCACAUGGUCAGCACUGUUGCCUCAAAGCAAGAUUGUUUCCACUAUGAUCCCUUUUGUGGCAGUAGCCCCUCUUUGUGGAGUUUGCAUGCUCUCCCUGUUUGCAUCGGUUCCUGGGUUCCUCAGGACUCCUCUGGACUCUUGUUUUCACCCAGAGUCAACAUUUGCUUUGAAUGGUUUAUUCUUGGGGUCCUUGGGGUCUGGGUUGUCUUGACUAAGAUGAGGAUUAACAUUAUCAUUUACCCAUGCCUUACAGAGCAGCAGUAAUUUUGUAGUGGUUCGGUGGUUAUUUAGAGUUAGUUUGGUGGUGUAAAAACUGUAGAGGUCUGGUUGGACUUUUUUCAUUGUCCUUUUAUAUAGGGGUGACCUGGAAGUGGUGACUGCUUGAUCAAACAUAUAAGAACAAAGGCCUACAGUUGUUCAGUCUGUAAUGCUUGAUAUUUGAGCAUGUUUUGACACAUUCAACAUUUUACAGAAGGAAAAGUUAUUUGACACUCUCAGGAGAAAAGGUCAUCAAGUUCUGCUGCUGUGUUGUCUCUUUACGAACACAGAAACAAACUACAACCUCAGAUGUGCACACGCUAUGUGUGUAUAUAGUGUGUGCACUAUGGUUGGCACACUAUGGGCUCUGCGGUUUUAAAGUCUGUGUGCCAUCUAUCUUUAGUCUGAAGUGCUGACAGAGCUUGGUGCCCAAUCACAUGCUAAAGCCCUGACAUGCUGCCCCAACACGUCUGUGGGAUGAAAUGGAGCUGAGGUGCAUUUUGGAGCAACUGUGCACAGCAGCAGAGGUGAAAUCACAGAGAAGCGAAACAUUUGCAAAAUACCCACCCAUCUUAUAGGGUAGGAUAGAACAGCAUAUAGGACAGGAUAAGAGAGAAUAGGAUAGUCACCUUAUUUCCUAAUAUGAAGACAUGCUAUGAAACUUUGUUUGGCAGAGUCCCUGUACAGCAUCAUUUUAGUAAAAAACAAGUAUUGUUAUCUAUAUAUCUAUGGGUAUAAAUUGUCAACUUAAUAAAAUAUAUAAAUGAGUAGAUGAUACCAUUACAAAUUUAAUUUUCUUUGUCUCUUGCAGAGUAAUACUACUACUGGAGUAAUACUUCUACUUUUUGCAUAUUUUUGUCUCGUUUUUAAAAACAAAUCGUGAUCAUGAGAGGCAUGAUGUUCAUGACCAGCAGUUUGAGAUCUGAAGCUAAUGUUUAUGACAGUUGGUUGAGUGGCGUGUCUGGUGUCCAGUCAGACCAGUGAAGGCUCCAUUUGAAUGUCUGAGAGAGGCUGCGAGCUGUCAGUCAUCUGUGGUGCUGCUCUAAGACAUCUGUCCCCCCGCAAAAGCUGAGAUGCACGAUACCACACUGAGGGAGAAUAAUAUGAGCCAAACAUGGUGGUGUGCAUGGUCAUUUUUCUGUUAUCUUUGAUACCUGAUCAUCACUGAUUGCACUUCUUAAAUGUAAGGAGCUGUAUGUUGUCUUAUGUAAAGGUGUGCACGUUCUGUUGUACUCAAUCAUCAUGCGCACUUCUAUUCUGUGUUUAUUUACCAUUGGUACAAUCUUUUACUAUCAAACAAAGUGUUACCUUUAGCUGGGAGGAAAAUAGGAAAAGGAUAGCUACUGUCUGAGCGAGAUGCUGUCAGACCUUGACAUUUAAUCAAAAUUUUAUGGUUGCUAUAGAGCAAAAGGCAUAAUGUAUCAUUAUUUGUGUUUAAUAUUUUUGUCUCAUCUGAAACUUCCCAGGUAUGGCUUGUGUCUAGAUUUUACCAAACCAUCUGUGCCACAUCAUGAAGAGUUAAGAAUUCAGUAUAAUUAUAUAAUUACAAAUGUGCUAAAGAGACCCUUUAUUAAAUGAAUAAGUGCAACCUUCAAUCAGGUGGAGAAUGGUACUGUAGCCAGUAUAUAAAGAGUACCUCCACACAGGGCUGCCUGAGGGUACCAAGAAAUAGCUACAGGGUACUACUUCCAGAUGAGACAGGUAUUUCCAAAAAGACACUGGUUUAUAAAACAGAGGCUAAGAGUUUUCAUGAAACACCGGAUUUCUUGAAACUGAAGCUAAAAGGACUUACGGCUUUGAACCAAUCCAUCUUUAUAAACAGCUGCUAAGGGUACGUCAAACAGGCAGUAUCUGUAGGAUACUUUAAAGACAUGCUCAAGGGUACCUUGAAACAGAUUCUAAAUUGGCUCUUGAUACAGGCCUUGAAGAUGAACUUUAAAUAGUCUGAGGGGCACGGUAAAACAGAUACUCUUGGUGAACUUGACAGAGAAACCACAGGGUACUUUAAAACAGCUACAACAGAAUCCUUACAUGCAUGUCUUCAUGGGCUCAUGGAACUGAUGCUGUUUGAAGUCUCAAAAAGUUGACUUUUAUUAAAUUCAAAAGGGUAACUCGACACUGAUUUAAAUUGAACUUUGUUAACAGGCUCCAAAAGUUGAACUUAAACACAUUCUGAGGAGUACUCUCAAACAGGAACUUCAUAGAAGAACCAAAGAACCCAUUUAAAACAGUAGCCUGGGGAUUACUUGAUACAUAUCUCAUAGGGCUCAUUGAACAGAUGCUUAAUAUUUUUUUCUUUAAUUCCUAAGGGUUCCUUGACACAGAUUCCAAAUGGCACCUAGCUCCUCUGUAAGAUAUGGCAAAGCACCUGUAUUUAACAUCCCAGAUGAAGGAUCCUUCAGGCUACAUUAUCAGCCUCACUUAAAUGUCUCCUGCUUACUUCAAAAAUGCUAUAGCUGCUGGUUGAUUGCUCUGAAUUGUAUGCAUGUGUAUGUGUGUGCAUGCCAAUGCUGUGUUAUUUGUAGCCACUUUCAACCUUAAAAUAGAAUCAGUGACUACAUUUAGUAAAUCAGUGUCAGCAGUUGUUGCUGGGAAACUGACCGAUUAAAUCUGCAAUGCAGCGCAUGUCUUGUCUCUUUUCAUGGACAUCAACAUGCUCCUGAUAACAGUGGGUUUGCUUUCUUCACAUGCAAUAAAGAAGAGCAGAAAAGUUUUUCCUCUGAAUCAAACACAGUCCAGUUAAACUUUACCUAACAUUGACAUCAUAAGAUGGUGAUAAAUCUCUGUGUGUUUUGUCAUGAGUUUGUUGAAUCAGCCUUAUGAUAAAAUAGCAUCACAAUUCCUACAAAUCUUAACGUUAAGAUGUGUUACAGACUCAGAAAAUAGGGCCCACAGAAAAAAACUGAGCACAGUCUCUGAUGCAGAGACUGGUUACCUGACUCAGGCUAUAAAGCUGUGCUAAACUAGAGGAAAAGAAGAAAAUUUGGCUCAUAAUCAAGUUUAUCUCCCUGACUUUUAGAAAGAGCAGGAUCCUCGGAGGUGUGAUGCACAGCUCUGUUCCACAUACCUCACACUGAAACAGACUUUUCUUUACUUAGUUUGAGUUUUAUCCCAUGGGGAAUAGUCUGAUUGUACUAAAAGUAGUUUUAGAGAAAAACCCAAGGUUGUUUUUAGGAGAAGGGAGCAAAUGACAUUGGAACCAUGUAGAAACACGUCCCUUAGCUGUCCUGCUGAGAAGUUCCAGUUUGCAGAAGAAUAAAAAAGAUUUUCAGAUCUAUCAGACUUCAAGUGAAAGUUUGAUUUUGUCAGUUUUUGACUAAGCAAGAUUAGCAGUGUUUGCAGCUCUAAGUCUUUGUUGCAUGCUUACUGGCUGCUGACAAGCGCAUUCAUUUACAGAUGGUAGAGUGGUGUUAGCAAAUUGUGUUAGUAAUUUUUUCUAAGUGUUUUAAGAAAUAAAAUAAGUGCAAUAUCCGGAAUACCCAGCUGUGGAAAACUUGUCUGCAAAAUGCAAAGCAUCAUUAAUACAUACAGACAUAGAUCUCUGCUCUUCUCUGUGUCUGUAUAACAGAGAAAAUCAUUCUCAUCCUUGGGUUAUCAUAUAAUGGUGAUCUUUCAGGUCACUUUGAACAUAUGCAUUAUAAUGUAACCUUUAGUAUGACCAGCAUUUAAUUACUUCCACUACACAACCACCAGCAACAACAUUAAAUACUCAGACCAAGCAGCCCAGGACCUUUGUAAGUCACACCAGUCUGUAUGUCAUUCCUUUAGGACCCCACUUUCUGUGCCUGCCGAACUCCACUGAAACUGUUUCAGUAUGAGCAUUUUAUGAUUAUGUUUCAAUGCUUUUUCCAUAUUUAAAGCCAGUACAAGAGGAAGAGUCUUUCACUCUGUGUGGUAUAAAUUUCCUUUUAACUUAAUCUUGAUUAACUCAUAGCGGACGGGCCAAUCUGUCCUUCUGUCAUGCGCUGUGGUUUCACUUGCACCCAGUACACCCCGACUGACAGGUCAGGGUGUACUGCUCCUACAGUAGUCACAUUUUUACUGUCUUUCCGGGGCAGAAGUUGAAGUUCUGUUAUGUUUACUCUAAUUUUUGAAAAAAUCAUCAGAGAAAUGUUUUGCCUGCAGCUUUUGUUGAGCAAAUUUGGGCAUGUCCAGGCUUUUAUUUUGAUUGGGGCACCACAACUGAAGCACUGGCGCAGAUAUGGGUGUUCAGGGUGUUUGUACACUCACCGAUCAUCAGUAUUAAACUGCAGAUGUUCCCCUGUAUAAUUCAAGUAUAAUAAUGUAUGAUAAGUAAAUGUGCAUUAGCCAGUCUAAUGAACUGAAAGUAAUUAAUUUAGUCCUAAUGAUAAGACAAAGUAGGGUCAUCUUUGUUAUCAUCCCGACAGGGAAAUGUUCAUCUGGCUGAACACACAGCAAAGCAAAAAUACAUUUAAAUUUAAAAAAUAAAAAAUAAAAUUAUUAUUGAAUUACUGAGUUGAUUAUUACUAAAUUAUUCAAUUACUGCAGUCUGAGUAAUAUGCUUUACUGCAAGAUUUGUGGUAACCAUCACACUCUGCUUUUUAAAGUCUGAAAUAGACUUUAGACUUUGAAUGCAUAAACGAUUGAUGUUUCCGGCUGUAAAUCAGUAUUAAAGUGCUGUGUUGACUGCUCAGUUGUAUUGUAGUCCUGGUACACACCACAGCAGAGAGGUGGAGAGCAUGUUGGUGUUGUUGGAGUUGUGCCUUCAAACAGUUGUAUUAACACGUUGUACUGGCCUGUUAUAGCCUGAGUGGGUGAGCUGUGGAGCUUGUUGUCUAGGAAAUUGAAUUAUUUAUAUAUUUUUGUCUUAACUUGCUCUUCUAUAUUUAUAGCUCGGAAAUGAAGACUACUCUGUGGGAAUUUUUUGCAUGUUGUUAUUUUUAAAACUUAACCACAUGUUCACGUUUUGCCUGUGCACACUAGAAGCAAAAUGUGUUAAUUGCUCGCUCUACAGGAAUCUAUCCUUUAGAUAUGACUCAAUAAAGUUUUUACCCUUAAAAAAAAGCUCCUGUUGAGGCCAAAAGAGAUUUCCCUCCCGGCGAUGUUAAAUCACAGUUAUUCAGUGGCUUCAGUUUGAGUUAGCUUGGAGACAGAUCCAUCAUGUACUAAAACAGCCCUUCAUUUUGACACUUUAACAUGACCCGCCUUCUGCCUGCAGGGAUUGUAACCUUAAAAACCUCAAACUACAGAUGUUCCCUCAGAUUUAUAUCGAAGGGCUCAGUUGAUAAGUCAGCCGUAUAACACAUCAAACAGCCUCAGGACAUAAAUACUCACAGGGUAAGGAGAAGUCAGCUCGAAAUAGUCCUCUUUGAACAACAUGCUGAGUUUUCUCCUGUGCUGGAACAAUGCUGCAUUUACUAUUAUGAAGCAGAGGUAUGUGACUACAGGGAUACAAACCCUCUGAGCAGCAGAAUUUUUCUACUCGUCACUCCAGCAGAGUGCUUAAAAUAAGAGUGGGACACAAAGUGCUCUUAUUGUGUUGAUACAUCUGAUUUACAUGGAGAUAAUUGUGGCUGAAAGACUUCAAAUUUCUGUUUUAAUUAACAUUUCAGAGAGUGGAAGUGCAGGGAGCUUUCACCAAACUGCUCAUAGCAUAUUAGUUAUUAGUGACUGAGUAGUAACAGUCACACACGUUAUGAUAUGAAAUUCAAAUGUAAAUUGUAUUCAUACUGAGAGAGCCUUUCUGUAUUGUGACCUUUAAGAGUUGUCAUGUAUGGAUGACUGCCUGCCUGGUUUAUCCUUGGCUCAGCUGAAGAGCAUAUAUUUAGUUGUAUCCGCAGUAUUUCAAAUAAGAAAGUACAAUUUUGGAAGUGCUUGUUAUAAUAUAUCAGCAGCUAACUGUGUAGUAUUACCAAAGCAGAACAAAACUGUAUCAUCAGCAUAAAGAUGGGCUUUUACACAUUGUCUUCUGUCCCUCUCUUCUGCAUCUCCCUCUAUCCCCCCUCUACACCCUGUGCUGUAGCGGCAGAUGACUGUCUAACAUGUGUCUGGCUCUGCUUGAGGUUUGUGUGGCAAUAUCCUUUACAGCUUUACAAGUCUUUUGAUGAUUUCAUGGACUGCAGAUAAUGAAAUCCUUACAUUCUCUGCUAAUGUUUGUUGAGAAAUAUUGUUCUUAAAACGGUUGGACUAUGUGCUCUCACAGUUGUUGUUUAAGUGGUGAACCUGGCCUUAUCACUGCUUGGAAAUGGCUGAGUCUUUUUAGGUCCUUUUAUACCCAAUCAUGACACUCACCUGUUGGCCAAUAAACCUGUUCACCUGUGGAAGGAUCUGAACAGUUGUCUUUGGAUCACGGUCUUUUGUUGACCCUGUCCUAAGUUUUGGGAACAUGUUGCAGUAAUCAAAUUCAAAAUGAGUGAAUACUUACAAAAACACAAUAAAGUAUAUCAUUUUGAACAUUAAAUAUCUUGUCUUUGUAGUGUAUUCUUAGUAUAGGUAGAAAAGGAUUUGUAAAUCAUUUUAUUCUGUUUUUAUUCACAUUUUCCACAACAUCCCAACUUCACUGGAGUUGGGGUUUGUUCAACCGUUAUUUAACAACAUUUCACAGAUGUAAAAGUAGUAAAAGUUCACAAAAAGGCUUCUCCUUAUUUGCAUUUCUUUUUUUUUUAACUCCUAAUUGACAACUGCUAUAAAUGCCCUUCAGCAGUUUUACAACCGUCACUCCAGUGUGGGAUAAGUGUAACUCUGCACAUCUUCUGCCUUCAACAUCAACACUCCUAAUCCAUCAGUCUGUGCAACUUUGCCUCUGUUUGUAUUGACAGAGCACACAUAUAGGUUGCAGGUGUCAGAUAUUGAAAUCUGAGCUGUGAUUUUCUUAAUGUACAAUAAUGACAGAGAAAAGUGUUACAAUGGAGCUGGAGUUCCCCUUAAUCAAAAUGGCAAGUGUCAUUCUUGAUAUGUUACUGAAAUUAUACCAUGAUGCAUCCAUGUGUAAAGGUUAUGUAUUAUUUUAAUCCAUUUUUCAAAGCUAUAAGAAUGACUGAAAAGAUUUGUAUUCUUUCAUCUUGUCUGAGAUCUGGUGUGCAUCACAGUGAGGGCUCUGGAGAAAAUAACUCAGGAACUCAAUGAUCUGACAGUAAAGUUUUUAUGUCUUUUGAACCCAAAUCCCUCCACUCCUCAAAAAUAGCUCACACAUCACUUUGCUCUCACAAUACUCACAAGUAUCCUGUUUGGAGGUGACAAAGGAAAUGAAAACAUUUAAUGAAAGGCUUUGUGAAACAUUGUGUGGGAGGACACAAAGAGUGAAAUGAGUAAACGCUUGGUUUGUGAAACAUGACUGUUGGAACUCUCCUGGGACACUUGGCUGUCUAACAGAGUGAUAAAAAGCUCUCUUCUUUCACAGGACAAGUGUCUCUAAGAGCUCUUCCUGUAUUCCCAGCAGAUAUCCUGGUGUUAAGUUGACGUAGAUAAUGUUUGACUGCAGCAGAGUAACCAUGUCAGAGUCUGAGAGCGUUCAGUCAACGAGCUGGAGACAACACGACAAACUCUUCCUCCCACUGGGCCUCGUUCAGUCACCAGAGCCCAGAGCAAACCUCCAAAUAUCUGACAACAAACAUCUCCCCUGUUCAAGAUGUGACACACAGAUCAGAGUUAGAGGUAUCCUGAGGUAUAAUCGGAUUUUAAAAGUGUCAUUUUUUGGCUCAACAUAUAAGGAAUAAAGUGCUUCAUAAAGGAAACUCCCUCUCAGUUCACCACUGUAUAGGAAGCCUAAAGGUGUGUUCAGCCCACAGACUGCAUGGAUAACAUGGAUAAAGUCAAGUGACCUCACCCAUGGGUUACUGAAGCAGAGUUAUGAAGCCAAUUAUGGUGGUCGCCACGCUGGAAAUGCUACCUCAACCACAGCAUGAGUCAAAGGGGCUAAUUUUAGUCGUAUUUCUACAGCCCCUCCAUACAGCUACAGUGUUCCCGCCUGUCAGUCACAUCAGCUGCACCAGUAAUUUUUAUCAAACUUUUAAUCAUAAUGUUUUUUAAAAACUAAUAAGUUGUUUAAAAAAUCACAGUCAAGAGUGUGAAACACUUGCACAACUGUGAUACCGAUAAAUAAACUACACUAGAAUUACUACGAGCUUGAAUAACCAGAAUGUGACUAAAACUUAAAGGGAUUCUAGUUUUAAGACUGAGACUGAAGUAGCUGCCAAAGUGGCUGUAAACAUGUUUAUUUCUGCUCUUAUUACUGGAACCUACACCUACCUGUCAGUCAGCUCAGCUUUGUGUGUAACUCCAGUUCUUAAUACCUUCAAAAUGGAUGUAUUGGGAAAAAUAAUCCACCACUUUACAAUGAGUACGAAAGAGGAAAUGAGCUACAGUGCUCAGCAUAAAUGAGUACACCCCUUCAGAGUUUUCAGAAAACCUUUAGUUUCCUUUCAAAGUCAACAUUUUGAUUUUUAAAAGAAGUUUUUUUUUUUCAAUUUAAAAUCAGGAUGCGAAAAUGAGAACACCCCAAUCAAAGUUCUGGGAGCAAAGCUAAAUUUAAGUUACCACAUCACCCUUAUUUUCAUCUUAUGGUAAAUAAAAUGUAAUGUUGAGCUCAGCUUUGUCAAAACUUUGGAAAUUGUACUUUUGCUCAUCUAGAUAUUAAGUAAAAUAUUACUUUUAAAAGGGGAUCUACUGACUUAUGCUGGGCACCAUAUUUUUAGCAAUUUUUCUAUAUUAUGUUUAUCUUUCCUGUAAAAAACACAGCUUUUUUUAAGAUGGCUGCUUAAAAGGGUUCCUUUGGCUUUUAAAGCCAGCAUCAAGCAGAACAAUGUCCAACAGGUGACAAAGAUAGUCACUGAUCCACAGGCAGCUGACAUAAGAGGAGGAGUAAAUCAAGACUCAGCUCCACAAAUAUUCACAUUUAUUUUCUGAAGGAUGCUGUUAGGACCCAAAACUUUGCAGCAUUUUAAAUUUCUUGUAAAAAAGAAUAUUUAGCUGAUUGCAUAUGUGUCCUGUUUGGCUGACGUCAUAGGAAUGUGAUGUGACUUUUGAUGUUGUCAUCAUUAUUUAGUGUCAGACUUAUAGACUUUUUGGAAGGUAAUUUUUUGUUGGUUGUUUUUAAAUAUUUGUAAAUUAACUAAAAUGUUCUAGCAGUGAUCACAAACCAGUGAAGUAGUAAAACACAUCAUUAAAGAUUUUCACACUUGAGCCAUUUGCCUUUUUAUCCGUCCUUCUGUGUGGCUGCCAAAAGGUUCCUAUGGCCUCCAUGGAGAAUACACUGACUCCUGGAGCAGAUCCCUGUUAAACUCUGCAGGCUGCAGACUGAUCUAUUACUGUACUGCUUUCAAAGUGAAAGUCAUGUGUCAUAGCUUUGUUUCUGAGAUACUACAGCAGAUAACCACUGACUUGAUCCAAAAGAUCCAAAACAGACUAAAAUAUUUUUGAUCCAGACAUUUAGUGAGAGGGCUGGUGGAUAUGCUCUAUAAGAGCUGUUGUGUAAAGCUGAUUCACUCAGCCCACACCUGUGCUGGGUAUGAGGGGGCGUAAUGAGGCCAUCUUCUGCUCACUGGGGUGAAAGAGAGCUAGGAGAACGAGCAUCUCUGAAAACAUUCAAAAAGUACUACAGCCAUAGCUUUUGCAGGUAAUUCUUCUAGAAACAUCAUGUUCUAUAUUGAUUACUAUAGAGUUUGCAGCUACUCAGACACCUACAAAAGCAUGUCUAUGGACCUGAGAGAGACUUUGGAGAACAGUUUAAUACCUGGAUCCCUCUAUUGCAGAGCUGUUUUAAUGCAUGCCGCAGGAUUUGCUGAAAUAUGCAAGUCCUGGAUGGCAGCAUAUGUAGUUCUAACACUUGAAUAUUGUUUAGCAUUAAUGGUGCCCUCCCAGACAAGCAAGCUACCCAAAUCCUGGGUACAUCUAUCCCCAUUAGAGAUGCUGGCUUUUGAAAUGUGCGCUGACAACAAGCAGUCUAUCUUCUUUGUAGGCUGGAGGACAUUGUGUCAAAGGGCUCCAAAAAAGAAUGUCAAACUUUGAUUUAUCAGACCACAGGACAGUUUUUCACUUCACUUUUGUCCAUUUCACACGGACUCUAGCCCAGACAAGUCUCAGGGAUUUCUGCAUUGUGCUUAUAUAUUGUUUUCCCUUGCAUGGUACAGACAGUAGUUUUUGUUAGUCAUAUCAUAUCUGCUGCUUAAAGGGAUAUUCUGGUGUAAAAUUAAGUUAGGGUCAAACACACCGUAACACCGAGUUAGCCCCCCCAACCCCAUUGAGAGAUGACUGUUGCCGACUGCUUCAAAAGCCACUCUAUAGCCACAAAUAAUGCUCAGAACAGCACCUAUCUUCAUCAACAGUACAUAUAGGGUCCAAACCACAGCACUAGCCACCAAACAUCUUUUUAGCUUUGCCUGAUUUCUUUAGCAAAGAGACCAAAUACAACUCACCCACUCUCCUCCAGCAGCCACUUGUUUGUGGGGGAGCCCUGACGAGUCAAUCAACAAGUGCAGCAGAGUUUCACAGCUCACAAAUCAUUAUGAUGAUUAUAACUUCAUGGAAAAGAUCCACUGUACUCGGUGAUUGACUCGUCAGGGCUCCUGGUUACAGUGUGUUUGGCCCUAACUUGAUUUUACACCGAAAUAUCCCUUUAAGAGUCCAGAGAUCACAGCCAUCCUGUAUUGGUUUUGGGCUUUGUUCAUUGAGUACAAAGAUUUCUCUCAAUUUUCCUAAAUCCUAAUUUAUUGCAAUUUUAGGAGCCAGUGUAAUUGAAUGUUUCUAAUAUAAAAAUUAAAAGCCUUUGAAGAUGAAGCUGAAGAAUUUAGUUGCUCAUAGUUCUGUUUGCCUUGUAUACCGUAAAAAGACAUCAAAGCUCUAAAAUUUCAUAAAACUUUAAGGGAUUUGGUUGAAAAUUUUACCCUGCAGAUAACAAAAUGAUCAUUAAAUUAAUGGAAAAAAAAUGUGGUGAGCAUAGCUACCUUUUACAAAGGGUUAGUGAAUAAAUACAUCCUCUGAUUGUACACACACUAAAUUAUCCAGAGGAGUUGAUGUUGUAGCAUAUGAGACUGUCAAUCAAAUCACAGUGUAGUAUCAUCCAUCAAAUACAAUCCAAGCCUUUAGUUUUACAGACAUGCAUGUCUCAGCUGCCCUUGCCUCCAAAAUGUGUUGCUUUUAAUGAGAGAAUCAAGAAAAAUGAUUGCAACUCUUUAUUUCAAAAAAUGUGGUCAGCUGUUUUGCAGGUGAGAACUCCAGAAAUUAAUCAGUACAGAGUGUAAAAAAUAAUACUUAUAUUGAUCUGUAUAUAUAAAGGAAGUCUUGGCAUUAUAAAAACUUGACUGUGAACAUGUUUAUGCACCAGAGGAGUGAAAUGCUGGUGUUUUCCAUCAUGGGGCCAAGUUUUUGUUUAUUUCCUGAGAACUCCUUAUUUAUUAAAGAGAGCAUUAGUCAGCAGAACAGAGCAGAGUGAGCUGGCAAAGAGCUCCAUUAAAAACCGGAAAAGCUUUUGUGUUUGAUGGAUCCACUGGUGAGUGGGCUGGGAAUGAAAUACAAAUAAAUUAUUAAAACAGGCUGAUGUCAGUGCAUGAAUGACUGGUAAUACAGAAUAAAAUCAAUCAAUCAAUCCAUGUAUUUAUGUGGGGUAUCUAUUUAUCCAUAUGAUUGUAAAGUUAAUCUACAUAAUGCUCUCUGUGUCUCCACAGGACUACACGUUAACCAUGUACUUCCAGCAGUAUUGGAGAGAUAAGAGGCUGGCGUAUGUGGGGAUUCCUCUGAACCUGACCCUGGAUAACAGAGUAGCAGACCAGCUCUGGGUCCCUGACACCUACUUCCUCAACGACAAGAAGUCUUUUGUUCAUGGGGUUACUGUGAAGAACCGUAUGAUUCGACUACACCCAGACGGUACCGUCCUCUACGGCCUCAGGUGAGCAGGGCAUUUGUUUACCAAUGACUCUGAAACUCGAUAAACUCUGUUUAAUAUGUUACUUCUCCUUCAAUUAAUGCCGAUCUAUUACAGCAGGAACUUUAACUUUAUUUGUGGAGCACUUUUUACACGAAGGUGCAAAGUGAUUUUCAUGCAGGAUUAAAAACAAUCAAUCCAAAUCAGACAAUGAAAACAAGCAAGCAAAUUAAAAAAAGAAAGAACAAUACAAUAAAGAAGAGAUACAAGAUCGAGCCAAGGGAGUUUGCUAUUGUAAAAUACUUCUCAAAAACAGACAUCAGUACCACCAGAUUUCCUUCAGAGGAAAAUUGUGACUGAUUAUGUAAAAAGCACCAAAAAUCUUCCAUUAAUUUAAAGGGAAUGAUAUGAAAAUAACUGAAUCAGAUAUAUAGAAGUCAGUUAUAACCUUAGCAGUAGCAUUACAGUUUUGAUUUCAUGUCACCACUAGGGUUAUUACUAAUUAAAAUGCAGUGAUUGAAUUUCUGAAAAGGAACUUUUGCUUUUAUUCAACUUUGGCGCCUCCUGUGGACAAAGCAGUCUUUACUUUUCUUGUCCUCCAUACGAUUAAGGACAAAUAAAAUCUCCUCCUGCUGACUUAAGAUUGACAAAUUUAUCAUUUAUCAUAAAUAAAUAAAUUUGUAUGUAAAAUUUUAAAACAGGUUUUCUUUUCACCUGCUGGACUCACACCUACCCUGUUUAACUAGUUCCACACAUUCAAAUUUAACAACUUAACAAUCAUCGGUCUUGACGCUGAUGAUCUUAUUUGCUUAUGGAUAUCAUGAAAAGACAUCAUUUUGCAAACAGACAAACAUACAUACAAACAAAGGAAUGAUUAAACAGCACCCAGACAAAGCAAGAUUAGUAAAGUGAUAGAGCAUAUUACUUUGUCCACAAGUGGCACUGAAAUCAUCACAAACAGAAAGUUCCUUACUGCAGCUUUAGGUAUCUUUUUGGUGGACUUUGAACAACUUGUAAGCUGUUUCAGUUGGGUACCACUUUCACUAAGGCUGUUAUCACCUUGUGAUUUGAAGGCACAAUACAUGCCAUGUCCCUCAUAUUUGCGCUUUUUUUAACAUCUCAUAACAACCACUGUGACGGCUGAUGGAGCUCUGAAGUGUUUGAACAGCUUUUACUCUUUCAUUUGUUCUGUGGAAGCUAUUAAGCCACAGAUUCUCUUAAUUCACAUGAGCUCAAAUGACACAACACAUCUCGUGUGUUUAUUUGGGUUUAAUGGAUUCCUUACAAUAAAACUGCAGCUCUGAAAAGACAGCAAGUGCCAUUAGCACUAAUUGUCAAGGAUUCUGACAGGAUAACAAUGACUUCCAUGUGAUGCAAAGAUGCUUUUCAGCAAUAAUUCUCACAAAUUAAAUGAGUUUUAUCUUAUCUCUAUACAUCUCCAAGAAGUUGCUUUUAAUUCUUCCUCUGUCUGACGCCAGCUUUGACAGUCUGUCUCCAUAAAGGAGCCUCACUGUUUAAAACAAGGUCACAGGAAUAAUGUGCUUCCCUCUGUUUAUGUUUUGCUACAGAAUCACGACAACAGCAGCCUGCAUGAUGGAUCUGAGGAGAUACCCACUGGACGAACAGAACUGUACUCUGGAAAUCGAGAGUUGUAAGUUUGAGCCCAACAUCUUGUAAGCUAUAAGGAAAUACAGCAGACAGCCGCACUUUUCAUCCCCAUGAACAGCACCGUUAGUCUCAUAAAAAAGUUCUCACACUCCUCAUCUCCUGGAGACAGAAAGUGCACCGACUGCUGGAUUGCUUUCAAUUUAUUAAGCUGUCGUAUCUCAGUGUGAUUGCCUGCUGCACACCCUCCAGAUAGAACUGCAAAAAUACCUCAACCAGACAGUGAUUUUCAUAUUUUAGCACAGUUACGAUUAGUCCAACUUCAUAAGUCUUCAUGACGUGUUUAGCUUCCUGUGUUUAAAGUAAUAACAGUUAUGGAUCCAAUGCAUAUGGUGUAAGCAUGUCUGCCAGCAAUGACACACCUCCACAUGAAGAUUUACAUCUCCUGUGAUCAGCAGUUUUAGCCAGUGGAGCCUGUGUGAUUCAUAUGGGUGUAAAUCAGAUGACAGAUCUCACCUCAGCAAAUAAAAACACAUCAUUAAUUUUAACCCUUCAACAAGAUGAGAGGGCUGCACUUUUCAGAGCGCAUAAACUCACAAGACUCUCACCUAACGGUCUUCUUUUGUGUCUGUUUGCAGAUGGAUACACGACAGAUGACAUAGAGUUUUAUUGGAAAGGAGGGGACAACGCUGUGACUGGGGUGACACGGAUCGAGCUGCCCCAGUUCUCCAUAGUUGACUAUAAACUGGUGUCCAGGAACGUGGUCUUUUCCACAGGUGAGUUUACUGUAACCCCUUCUGCUUUGGAUAAAAGCUGUUUCUUUCAUAUCACUUUGUUUGCUUUUGUUAAGAUUUAAGACCCCUGACCCAAUGCUUGUUUACAGCUUUAGAGACAAGACCACCAUGUGUUUAGUUCAAGUUCAAUCAUAGAUCUGAAUGCAUUACAAACUGUUUAGCACAGCAUAUAGCUGCUUUGAGUCAUUGUGAAUUCAUGAGAGGCAGAGUUGGCCUCUUUCUGUACACAUGAAGCUCAUUGAAAGUGCAAGCCUAUUCAUAAACAGCCACAUUAAGGCAGAUUGAAUAUUUCUCUGUCAGCUGAGCUGACAAAUCUCAGACUGCUCAGCAGACUAGUCAAAAGUAAUAUGCACUUUGUUAAUAGAAUGACAGCCCACUGAAUAACAUUUCAACAAGGUACUUACAAAAUAAAGAUGGUACAUCUAUGUUAAUAUGCCACUUUCUUUGGUCUGUUUGACCACUCAGAGCACUUAAUAUAACAUGUGGUAUUUACCCUUUCACACCACGUUCACACACCAGUGGCAGAGGCAAGGAGGUAAAGUGCACACAGGUUGUAACUAAUCCAAUUCACAACGCUGAGUGUAGACAGCGGGGGCAGGUUGGGGUCACAUGUUUUGCCCAAGGAUACUUUCCACCAGUGUGCAAAGCAGAUCCUUGAGGUCCAUUUUCACAGGUAGAAAACUCAGCCUGUCAGCCCCAUAGGAAUUGUGUGAGUUUGGUUCAAUCAAAUUAAAUUGACAUUAGCCUAGAAAUUAACAGCUUACAACAGGAUCCAAUUAAAAAAGUUUCCAAACCAUGAAUUACAGCAUAAAACAGCUUUCUUUUCAAACAUCGCCCUGUCCACUGAAAACAAAGGUUGAAAUAGCAAAACAUGCCAUGGUAGGUUAGAAACUUUGCUUUCAUCACUUGUAGUGAGACUGAUUAAAACAGUGUUUUCUGGGCCCGUGACUUUUUCACUAUCAGCGGCUCUACUUUUGUUUUCUUUUUUUUCAGGGAGAGUCAUACACAAACGAUAAGAUCCUAAUUACUGGAUCUGAUUCAUAUCGUGACCUCUCUCGCUGAUACUCCAGAAGUCAGGAUAAUAACACAGAGGCAAUUAGCCCUCUGGUUCAUCGAGCUCCUGAUAAAAGAAUGGGGGUUGUACGUACAGAAAUAUCAUUAAUUCAUGAGGCAGGACUCCAACAGCAUGAAUUAUUCUCUUAUACACAAAAACUCAGAGGCCCAAAACUGAGAUUAUUCCCACAGCUGAGUUAACAGCCAGUAUGAUGGAUGUUGUCUGAAUAUUUCUGAGAAGAAAACACAGAGAGGGUUAUUAGAGCUCAUUACAGUCAGGGUCAAAGCAUGAUGCUAAUAAACAAUAAUGAAUGUCUGCAGAUGCUUUCAGUAUCUCCUCAGUAGGUGCUCUUAAGGACACCAAGCAUCACAGGUGUGUGUUUUAUCACAAGGAGAGCUUAUAGAAUAAACCAUCUAGAGGAAACAAGGUCACUUUAUUUUUACAGAGGCUGUUCAGUGACUGUGAGUCCUCUCCAGGUGUAAAUGAUCAAGAUGCAAACAGUUUAAAAAAGCAGUUCUUAAGUGAAGUACUCUUUAAUGGGACAUCAUAGUGUUUCUUCUUCCUGUAGGUGCCUACCCUCGACUGUCUCUGAGCUUCAAGCUGAAGAGGAACAUCGGAUACUUCAUCCUGCAGACGUACAUGCCCUCCAUCCUCAUCACCAUCCUUUCCUGGGUGUCGUUCUGGAUCAAUUAUGACGCCUCAGCUGCCAGGGUUGCAUUAGGUAUAAUGUUUGUGUGUGCUGUCGAGCGACCUCAGCUCCACAGGAUCACCUUCAGUUGCAUGUCUUUGGUGCCUCAUAGUUUGGGCCUGCAACUUCUUGUGGUACUGCUUUAUCCACAGGGGGCACAAAGUUUCCAAAAGCUAGAAAACACUCCACCUUUUUUAACCAAGUUGAUCUUUGUUACUGUAAACUAUUUGCCUGAACAGAAAUCCUCACUCAGUGUUUUUGUACACUGUGCUCUGACUGAGCUGUGAUUUAAAGAUGGAUGUUGUUCAGUCUGAGGGGUCUGCUGAGGAGCUACUUUUGGAGACAGUUAUUCUCAGUAUUCAGGGGACACCAAACCCCAUCUGAUUUAACCACUUCAAAUCAAGGUGGCCAUUUAUUUGUGUUCAGAUACAGUUUAGAUACAAUUAAGAUACAAUUUUCCAGUGUGCCACGAUGUCUGAAGAAAGGAAACAAAUGAAGAGUAGAGUGGAGUAGACAUGCAUCAAAGGAUUACAGCUGGAAGUCUAACCUGCAUCCAUGAAUCAAGGCAUCUAGCUGCUGUGUUCAAGAGACUGGCAGGUUUUCUCAAAACCAUGAACCAAAGUAAAUCCUAGAACUGCUCCUGCCUCCAGAUGAGAGCCAGUCUUUUGAAAGGAUCAAAGUGAAAGUUACAUCUUACAGCCUUGAUAUUAAGAAAUGUACUUUUAUGUUCAGAGGAUAUGUUAUAUAGUAAAGAAGAAGUGCUUUAGUGGGAAAGAUUUUGUAGCUUUCAUACAUAAAUUUGUGAGGUGUUACCCACCUGUUGGUAUUUGUUUCAUGCCCAGACUUGAAGGUUGAUUGCUGUAUUUGGCUUAUGACAGAGAAAUCCCGUUCACUUGUUUAUUCGGUAUGAAAACAGUUCCUUUCAAAGAAAAGGUUCCUGACCCCUGUGCUUUCAUAAAAGCAUUGACACUACUAUCACCUAGAUGUCCAGGAUCAUUCAUUGUUCUUGAUUGCAAUUAAAGGCCAAGUACAGCUUCUAGUGUUAACCUAAACUCUAAACAGAUGACCUUAUCGGCCUCAGAGAGUGUAGAAGAAGUGGAUGGAGAUCCUAUAACAUUACCUGUAAACUAUAAAAGUGAAAAAAUCCAGAGCUUGACACAGCUGCUUUGUCUGGCUCUCUUAUGUCUAAGGUUUUGACUGAACAAUUUGUGUUCUGGCUUGAGGUUAAACGAGUCGUCUUCUGGGAAGCUGAACACCCACGAGCUGUGAUCUGACAACCGUUCCUCAGCUUGUCCCUGUACUUUUUAUAGCUAUAAUGUAAAACACAGUGGCUGUAAGAUCUGCAGUGCUUUGCUGAUCAUAUUUCUGGGAUUUGUUGAGUAACACUCUCCUAUGAGCUCAGUGCGACUUGAGAUUCCUACUCUCGCCUUUGUUCUGCAGGAAUCGAUGCCGUACACCCACAGAGCUCCUGACACCCCCACACAUACUGUACUGUACAGUGCAUCCUUUUUGGUUUUAUUAUGUAAGCCUGAGUCGACAGAAAUAGACACACAGUCCAGGAUGGUGAGCCAUACAGGCAUAGACACAUUUAUAGUUGAUGUUGCACAUUAUCAGGAGAAUUACUACACUGUUGUUUAUUGUGGAUUUGCUGACUCUGUUUACUCGUUGUACGCUUCAUGAGCCAUAAAGUGGAGCGUUUUCUGCUUAGCCAAGUAGAUUAAACCUGAAAAGAGGAGGAACAGACAAAGGCUUUUACUGGUUCUUACCUGACUUAAGACAUUGUAACGCUCCUCUGUGGAAAUAUUCACACCUGCAUCUGAGCCCUCUGUUAUGACUUAACAUCUUCCCUAUGAGUAAACCUUGAAGCUAGUCAGGUAAUGCAGCACAAAUGGGUUUUUAAUGAAAGCAAAAUGAGAGGAUAUCGUAGAAAGUUAUUUUUGGCUGAGCUCUGAUUUAUUUUUAUAAUCAAGUGUGAAAAAAGUGUGUGCAGUGUGGGAGUAGUGCUGAGAAUGGUCAGCCGCAUAUUUUAAGAAGAAUUUUUAAGGAAGGUCAAUAUCCCUGUUAAAGGAGGUUUUUCCCACUAUGUUCACUUGAAGGAGGCACAUCCUGGUGGGAAAAAGAUAUCAGUGCAUUUCCUCCCAAAUAUGUGUUUUAAAUACUUAAUUUAUCAUUGGAUAAACUGACUGCUCCCUUUAAAAUAAUUCAAAUUGUAUGAUUUUUUUACAGCUUGAGAACUGAUUUAAUCUUUUCAUUUCAGGGAUCACCACUGUGCUGACCAUGACAACCAUCAACACACAUUUAAGAGAAACUCUGCCCAAGAUCCCGUAUGUCAAAGCCAUCGACAUGUACCUGAUGGGCUGCUUCGUUUUCGUCUUCCUGGCUCUGCUAGAGUACGCCUUUGUCAACUACAUCUUCUUUGGACGAGGUCCUCAGAUGCAGAAGAAACUGGCUGAGAAGGCGCAGAAGGCAAAUAACGACAGGGAAAAUUUUGACAAACCCAAGGUGAGAAUCAUCUCAACACAAUUACAAUGAUAACUUUGUAUCAGAGUCAGAGUGGUCAAAAGAGCACUGUGCCAGAUGUGACAACAGCUAGGAUAGAGUCUGAUCAAACACCAGCUUUUUGAAAUCUUCUUUUCCAAUUGUGAAGGACAACCAGAGAAAUGCACUGACACAUCUGCUCAAGAGCCAAUGAAUGGGUUUUUCCACUCUCUGUCAACAGAUUCUCCAAUGAGAAAAGCUGCAGAGAUGACUAUAACAAGCUCCACUGUGUUCUACUGUACAUUUGGUUGCAAAAUGCACAGCUGUAGCACUUAGCUGCAGCCAUAGACUGUUUUGUAAGGGGAGCAUGAUAUAUUCAAUAUCACUCACCAGUGCUCCCAGUAUGGCUGUCACAACAUAACUUUUAAAGAAAAAAAGUAAUAUGGAUACAAUAUUGAUAGUGUUUUGAGUGAUUGUUCAUAGUUACGGUCCUCUACCCUGGUUAGCACACAUCAGAAAACAAAGGAUGAAAGAGGAAGACAUGGUUGCUGCCAGCAAGGUAGCUGUAGCAGGCAUCCGACAAACAAUUAAACCGUAAAGACUGACUUUUCAAGAUUCAUUGUACAUUCAAAACCCACAUUACAGCUUAUACCUCUAAGAGUUACCAGCCAACUCAAAAUAUAUGCUUUCUAUCAGUUUUUGUUUUUUUGACUGUUUUUAUUCAGUUAAGUAACUUACAAUCCACCAGAAGCAGUAUACUUCAAAAUAAAAGCAUAGUUGACAGUGAAAGACAGAAAAAAAUAUGCAAAUAAAAAUGCAACCAGUAUAGUCGCCCCCUGUUGGCCGUCAAAUAGAAUGCACAUCAGAUUUGUUUAAUUAAUCAAGAUUCUAUGUCGCCCUUCUAUAUGCAGUCUAUAUUUGAGACAAUGUCAUGUUAGUUUCUGUGUGUCACAUUCAUAUGAGACAAUUUGAACUUUUGAGCUAAUACCUGACCAAAACUCAGCGUUUAGGGGUUUCUGUCUAUGUUUCUCCCGGCCAGUCUGUCCAGGAAGGAGGAAAUUGCAAGACUUCAUCUCUUAAAAUGUCCAAUCAGGUACAAGGGCGCCGUCACUCACGACGGGUGAGUCUGUCACUGCCGGCCGAGUCACUACUAUGAGACCUCGGCAUAAACUUUGCUGCUGCAGAGCAAAGUUUGACCUCAUCAUCGUCACACAAUAUUUUUCCUUAUGUUUGUCUGUGGCGUUUGUAUUGUUUAGAUGUGCUCAUUUAAACACUCUGUACUGCAAGAGCAAAUGAAACACUCUGAGACGAACAGUUUUUCAUCUUUGUUUUAUCUUCACCAAACUAAUUCUUUCAAAAAUGGACUUGCCGGAUAACUUUCUGUCUUUGCAUUUUUUUUCCAAACAAAAGCCCACAGAACAAGGACUACAGGGACUCUCUCCAGUGAGUUGGUCACACAAACACUGACACUACUUUUACAAAAUCAUGAUUUACAUUUUUAUAUUCUCAGUGUUUGCACUGGGGAUUUUCUUAUUGAGAUGGACACCUUUUUUACUUGGCUUGGCAUUAGAAUAAUCUCUUAAAGGUUGAGAUGGUUGUUGAAGUUACUGAAAAUAUUAAGGACAGUAUCUUGGCAGAGUGAAAGUUCUGAAUUCAGAGAUGAUCCUGAACUCUUAAACCAGAUACAGCCUUCACAUCCCGCUCUUCAAAGUGGCUAGACUCCAUUGACAAAAACAUUUAUUUAGUCUUUCAGAGUGCAGGAGUCGCUGGCUUGAUCAGUUGGAUUAGUUGGUCUUCAAAUAUUUACUUUGGGUACAAAACCAGACCAAAACAAAUGCAAACUAAGUGAAAGGGCAGCAGUGCAUUAGCUACUCUUGCAUUCUGUCAAGUAAAAUGACGGCUUUUGGUUGGUAUGUGCGUUGCUAUAAGAAGUCUUCCAUUGUGUUCAGCAAUGUGCAGCUCCUUGUAUAUGUGUAGCUCUUUCCAGGACCAUUUGUUAUUGCCACCCUGCCAGCUACCUGCACAUUAGUUGAGCUCAGUUGACAGUAGCGUUGGUCAGUGAAUAAAUUCACUGGACAGAGUCUGCCUCCUCGCUGGGUGAAGCCACUCCGAGAACAGCACCCUCUGUUGAUGGGCUGCAGUAUAGGUCAUAAAUCCCGCCUCUGCCAGCAAAGCUUAUGGAGCUGUGGACAAACUUUAGAAAUUUAUUUCAUAGAACAUAAAUUUUCUCCCCCCUGCUUGUGAUGUUGACAUGUAGUUAUUGUAAGACUGGUUUGUGCUCGUCUUCUUUUUUCUGUGAAGCUCCGUUUUUAAAAGUUAUUAGGGGGUUCAUGUUUUCUAUGAUUGACACCUGAUACAGCCUAUGGGCGUUCAGGGAUUACGUAGCUCUCCUGGGGAUACGCUGUUUGAGCCGAGCAUCAUCACAGCGACUCUCAGUGACUGCGCGCAUCGCUACUGCGCAGCACUGGUUUCAGGAAAUGAAGAAAAAUCCCGGAAAUACCGAGAGCUUUUUGGCUUCAAAUCCAUAUACAGGCGCUAGGCGGAACCAAGUUGUCCAUAUUAUAUACAGUCACUGGUUAAGACUCACACCAACGUCAACACUGGCUACUUGUUAGUCUAGUUGCUAAAGUAGUUCUCACUAUAAGUAUCUCCCCUGAACUUGAAGGAGUCUGCAGGAGCAUUUACAGAGGCUUUUGCAUUUAUUUGUUAUUGAGACCUCAAAACAUGUAAAAACUGGGCCACAAUUUAUAGAAUUUAAUUUCCCCUUAACAUAUUACAAACACACACACUUAAAGUCUGCAGAAAAACUGUCCAUUUGUGUUACUAAUUACACUGAAGUUAACUUAGUCUCCAGAAAAGAGAAGUAUGACUUAGUCACUUUCUCUGCAGCUCUGUAAUCAUAAUGUUGUUGUAUUACUGUGUGCAUAUCGUGCCUCAUUUUUGCUGCGUAGGUUUGAGUGACUUUUUUGUUUUGUGUUGGAGCAAAAGCUGUCAUGAGCAUCAAAGCUGCUCAGUUCAACCUUGAGCUGAUUUGUGAGCAAUGAUUCAACUUUGGGACAGGAAACCUGUUUUUGAAGGCCGCUCUCUCUUUCCUUGGCUAUAAUCUGUCAGCCUGUUGGAAGGCGGCGGCCCCGGGGUCUGAUGCGUGCUGUGCAUGUGUCAUCAGUCACUGAAGCACCAUUUUUAACACCACUCCUGUCUGUCCUGCCUAGGUCGACACCCCAGGGAACAUCCUGCUGACAACCUUGGAGAUCCACAACGAGGUAGGAGAGAAUGAGAUCACAACCACCAUCAGCGAGUCUCACAACUCCUCCUCCACCAUGUACGACAACUCCGGGGUCCAGUACAGGAAGUCAAGCAAGGCGAGCGACUCUGGGCGCAGUGUGGACAGGAACACAUUUCCAAGGAAAUCACGGCUGCGGAGACGAUCGUCACAACUCAAAAUCAAAAUCCCAGACCUCACUGACGUGAACACCAUCGACAGAUGGUCACGGAUUAUAUUUCCCUUCUCCUUCUCCCUCUUCAACGUAAUCUACUGGCUUUACUACAUCAAUUAAAGCACAAAUAAUGAUGCCCAUUAAACCCAUUUCUAUCCCCUUCUUGUUUUUGGACUGAAAGAGUGUUUCUUAAUUCUAUAAGGAUCAUCCUUAUAAACUUUUUAUUCAGUAAUUGCGAGUGAAGACUGAUUACAGACGUGUCACUCAGCCUGUGUGCACCUGCAUAUGCACACUUACAAGGAACUAUUCACAAGAAAUGUAUUUUACAAAGACUUAAAUGUAUUUUAAAAGACUGACUGCUGUAAGGACCUGGAUGGAGACACAGACUCUGUUUUAAAUUAUUUUAACUUUAUCCACAUUUUCACUGCUCUCUGUACAAUAACAAUAACUUCAAAACAAGAUUGAUUUCAACUGUACACCUUUACUAUCUGUUAAUAUGCAUUUUAGAGCAUGACCUAUAUAUGCAUUAUGAGACUGAUACACAUACCAACUUCAAGAGUGGAAAAAUUUACAUAUUGCAGUUACAGAAGCUGACUUGGUGGAUCAUAGAGCUGGAAUAAAAGUAGACUUUUUCUAUAUAGAUUGUGCAACAGUUCUGCACCAAUAUGCCUAUGCAAAGAAACUCACAUGGCUGCUUCCUCAAACAAAUAAGGUCAUAUGUUUAUCUUAUGUAGCAUUACUAUAUGUUCUUGACCAAUUGUGUAGUAGCAGACAGCAGACGGUCUACAGACGUGCGGAAGUAGACCAUGCUAAAAGUAAGAGAGGGAAUGUGGCAGAGACGAUUAAAAGCCAAGGUCAGACAUCUGACACUGCCUGGUUACUAUUCUGAGUGAUUGGUCCCUUUCUCACAAUGAUGCCCAACAUCAAGUUCACAUGCUCUGGAUCAGGAGGUGGCAGUAAUGCAGAGACAGCCUGUGUCCAAACUUCCAAUAAGACUAGGAGAAGUGAAAACGGUGAAGUUCACUCUUGUGACAGUUAAAAAAUGACUACAGUUGGAAAAAGGAGUGGACACUGGAUUCAUGUUUUCAGUUAGAUUUAAAUCUGACCAGGCGAUGUUUAGUGAAAAAAUAUAGAAAAGGGGGACCUAAAAUCACGAGAAAAGCCUCCCAGCUCUGCACUGAUUAACUUUAGCUGUACACCUGCUAUCUGCAUCAAUCUUAGCCUUAUUUGCAGUUGUCCCUUUCAAGUGUCAAAAGGAAUUUCAAGAAAUUGAAACAGCCGGAAAUCAAUACUUUGGUCUCAACAUUUUCCACAGCAAAUAUUCAUUUUCAAAAGGCUAGAAUGAGGUAAAUUGGUCACAAAAUGAAACCGUAGUAGGUACAGGACAAGCUUCAGUAAGUAACAUGUUGCACAUCUUUGCCCAAAGGAGGCACCAAAAUCAUGUAAACCUUUUAUUCAAUUCUAAAUAGCAAAGAGACGAUGACUCAGGUUUAACUGAAAAUGUUUGAUUGUAUGAAAAAUAAACCCUCCGUUUUAAAGUGAUGCCAGGAAUGCAUCUUCAAAAAGUCGGGUCUAAGACACUUCCAUAUUCUGACAUAAUCCAGGGUAGUGAAGCCAAAAUACUGUUGUAAUGGGUGCUGGAGGUGAUAGCUCUGAUAGCGUUAGCCUCACACAGCUUCCCCACAGAUUCAGAACUGCAAAGCGUUUGAGCGUUUCACCAUCUAUGAUGAAGAAUAUCAUUAAAACAUUCAGAGAAUCUGAAGAAAUCUAGAUAGCUGUGAUCCUCAGGCCCUCAGGAAUCACUGCAUCAAUAACUCUGCAGUGGGAAUCACUGCAUGGGCUUAGCAUCACUUCUAAGAACCACUAUCUAUAGAUCAUACUGUAUCAUGCGAGGAAGCAUAUAUAAACAUGAUCUAGAAUUGCCAGCAACUUCCUUACCACAUAUUGUUAAUCAUACAUACCACCACCACCAAAAAUUAACCCUAGCAACUUUUUCUCAUUUGUCAAGACUCAUGUUUAUGUGUGUAUUUCUCUGACAAAGCAAGUUUAAAAAUAAAUAAGGGAUAUUCUACUGUGUCUAGGUCAAUUUUCCAGUCCAAGCUAUCCUAGACUCUUUACAUGCAGUUUACAGCAGCUUCAUAAUCAUCACAAAGUCCACAUGACGUGGACUGAAACCUCCAAUCUGGCAUUUUGACUUUUUUAUCUUGAAAUGUUUGAAGUCAAAAGUCUCAGAAGAAAUGAAGCUAAGAGGCAAGAGUCUCACACUAAGUUGUCACAAAACGCGGUAAAUAGAAAUAACUGUGAUACUUUUGGCAUCCUGUGGCUCACAGAAAAAAAGGGCUUUUAACAAAAAGUUAUAAGACAAAUGACUGCCAAUCGCUGACUGUAUAAACAGGGGGCGACACACUUCUAUCUCCAGACAUAAUAAAGGCAAGUGAAGCCAAAAUGUUUGCUUUAGUGGUUGCUUGUGCUAGCUCAGCCAAACAAUUUGACACCAAUUUUUUAAGACUAUAGCAGUUUAAGAAAAUAUCCCUAAAAAUAAACAAUGUUAAAACAGAUUCCAUAUUUGAGAAAAAUGUUUUAUUAACAUUUGAGACCACAACCUGCUCAUGUUGGUAAUUUCUCAAGCGAGAAAAAAAAUUGUUUGUAAAACAUGUCUAGAUUCUCACAUCUUUUGCACACAGUAGAGUCAUCCUCUGCUGGUGGUUGUAGAGGAUGCAGUUUUGAGAUCCCUGUGCAUCUGCCUCACUUUUUAGGCCCUGAAUCCGCUUUUACUUUUUUAAAGUCCUUAUUGCAGGCAAGAGUUUGGUGUCAAACAUAUAAGUAAAUUAGAUGAUUUCCUAACACAGCUUGUAAUACAAAAAAAAAUAUCUCACAAUUCUGUAAGGCUGUUAUAUAUGCAAUGAGAAAUUGAUGGUGUAUGUGUCACAUAUAUGUAGGAAAAGCUGUUUUAACAGGGAACAUGUAAAGUUUACACUAUUUCACAGUUUGUCAUUGUGCUUUCAGGACUGCUGUCAUAAUAUGUUAAAUAUGUUGUGAAACAUGUACUCAUAAAUCACAUGGCCUUCUUUAUUUCAGACUGCAUGUGGACUGAGUGUAGUUCUGUCAUACUUACCAACCUUCACAUUUCUAUUUCUCAAUGAAUUUUCAUGUACAUACUGUUUAACCUGCUUAUUUUAUCUCACUUCUCAUGAAUUACAUGGCUUUGUUGUCAAGUGUG